UCGUUCACAGCACACCCACUCCGAGUACUGGAACUAUGCCGCGGGGCCGGCCUCGCAAACAGAGAGUUAAAAGCAGCGACGAAGCAGGUAACAAGUAUCAAAAUGCAACAAAUAAAAAAUACAGUGCAUGGGCUAUCCAAAUAACCCGCUCUUAUUUGGUUAAACAGCUCUGUAUCUUUUAUAAUGACACUUCAAUGUAGUGUAUAUAGUCCCCGGAUAUAGUAUUGCGGGUGGGCUUUGCUUUGUGCGGCGAAGGAGUGAUUGAGGCGGAAUGAUAUUAAUAACAACUCGGUGCCUCCUCUUAUUGGCUUCCAGUCUAAAUUGGUGUCCACGAGGAGAUGAGCCGCGGUACCGUGUAGAUUUACUUAAUGUACAGUCUUGAAACUUCAAUAUUUUUAUUAGUAAUUCAUUGUUAGCCUCGCGUUGCUAACUAGCUUGCCUCGCUACUGUUAGCAUCGAUGCUAAGACGCCGAAAUGUUGGUAACUGAUAUUUUGAUCCCGCGAGGCAGUGUAGCGAGGCUUUCCAGCUGCGCGUGGAGGAGUUCUGUUUAGUCGGGGUGAGCUCGUGCAGUAGUGAAAUGACAGGACCCAAAACGAGAGUGGACAUGGUUAGGUGAAUACAGUCUGUUUACCAGCACUGUCCGUGCCAUGAUCAGAAUACUGAGCGAAACCCAGAUAUGAUGACUCCGCUGAUUGAUCUAAGUUCAGUAAACCUGGUCUGUAUCAAAAAUAAAGGAGUUACAAUACCUUAUGAUAUAAACUCCACGUAUCAUCGCCUUUACAGAAAUCAGUCACAUAGCUUCCUAUGAAUGUGUGUGACUUUUCCAGUCAAGUUGAGGGAGUGAAAACAGAUUGUCCGAAGUAAUAUAGAAUACACGUCCUAAAGUUUUGGACAAAUAAUGUCUCAUAAAACGCAUAUUAAAUACAAAACUGCUGAUAAAUUUGUGUAAAUUCUAUGAAACAGCGAGAGAAACUCAAAUGUUAGUUCAGAAGCUGAUAGUUACAUACAUCCUACACAGCUACAUGCACACUGAACCCAUAUUUACCUUUCUGUUUCAUUUAUUUGUCUUUAUAUCCGGUGUUACUGGACAAGUAGUGGGAUUCUCUGUAGAUAUUCUCUGUCAGAAAAUCCACCAUCAGUUUAUGAAAAGUCAGAUCAACACUGUGUUUCCCCUAAUCUGUUUCCAAUGCAAGUACACUGCAUGAUCUGAUUUUCCCUUUUCAUUAAAUUACAUCUGCACGUGAGGAAAGUAAGCAAGCGGAAGAGAGUACAGAAGAAGAGGAAGGAGAAAACACGUUCACAAAUGCUCUCUGAGACAUUCUGAAAUUUUGUCCCCAAUCAGAAACUAACGAUUCCCUGAAACUCAUCUAUUUCCUCACCACUCUUGACUCCAAAUCUGCUUACACCAAAAAUAAGAAUACAACUAAGCAUGUUUGAAGGAAAUUUAACAAUUCCAGCAGAAGCAUAGCUGACGGUCAAACCCUGACUGGUGGUGACAACAUGUCGAAAACAACACAGGAAGUCUAAUAAGAACAGGAAGUUUGAGUUUUUAUGCCACAUACUUGACAGUCUUGUGUUACAUUUUUUUUCCCUCAAUGAUGCAUGUGAUCCGGUAAAAUCAGAUUAUCACUUGUACUUGAUUCAUCGGAUGAUUGUGAUCAUGUAAACGAUUCAGUAUCAGUUUUCUUAAGAUCUCAUCUCGGAUCAAUGUAUCCUCAGAGUUGCACAAGACUAAACCUCACUGAUGUGGGCAAUGCUGCAUGGCGUGUUAUGAUCUGGUUUAUAACAGUGAGCCUUUUUUUUUUAGGACUACAUAAAUUUUAAACUUACUCUGGCCAAUACUGAUACAGACUUUACUGUUCUAUACUUUUCCUGUUGCUUUUACUGUGAGAGAUUUAUUGACUGUCUUUUAAUCUUACUUUUCAGAAACUCAACCCUUAUAGGAUGGUUAAGCUUGUGAGGCACAAUAAAAUUAAAGUGUUAGAAGAUUGUUGUUUUGGUCCAUAUCACAUCAUUUGUUCGUCUUGAGCAUUAAAGACGUGCUCCCUGGCUUUUAAAAUACUUCCAUGCAACUGGCAUUUUCAAGCUUGUUGGAGUGGGAAAGUUGCCAUUGUGUUUGCAAUAAUCAAUGUGUCACUUUAUUGCUGUAUAAGCAGAACUGCUCACAUUGCCAUCUCAUGUCAAAAAUAUCAUACGUUUGUAAUUAUUUCGUCUUGCCAGAAACGUGUCUUUUCAUUCAAAAUAAUGACAAAAGUAACUUGAGAUCUCCAGCUAACCACAUGAAAACCAACAUAAAUUACAAGACUAAGUUCAGAUCUUGUGAAAACUACUAAAGUUUGCACAUCACCACAGUAGUAAACAAAGUAGGCUGAUGCAUGUGUGGUGAAACCAAGACUUCAGAAAGUACUUUGAGUUCUGAUGCCCCCAGUUUGAAAAUAAACAGCAGGCUUUUUUAAAAAGGUGCAUAGUCAUGUUCAACAUUCAUCAGCACUUUUAUUCUUGAGAGAGAGCUCUUGAAAGAUUUGGUGCAUAAAAACACAUUUUGGAUUGAGUUAGUCGUUUUAAAAAACAUUGAGCUAUUUAGUUCAGCACCUGUGUAAUGAAAAGGGUUGUUGAAAGACUCUCGGUUUAAAUCCAUUUUGGCUCUUCUUGUCAGUGAAGAGCCUCUUGUGCCAAACUAGAAUAUUGAAAUACUCUCUCAUGUGCCUUUCAAUAGAUGCAGAUCCCAGUGACUCUAAAGGGGAAAGUUUCAGUGAUGGAGAGCUUAAGGACAAGAAGUGCACAAUUUGCUCCCAGAACUUCACCACUGAGAGCCAGCUGCAGAAGCAUCAGCGUGAACAUGAGAUCAAUGACAAGGUAUGUGUUGUAUUCUUUCUCCACUCCCAUGGACUCUAGAUGAAUUACCUUGCGGCCCUUUGGUCCCCAUAUGGUUGUUGUUGGCUUCCACACAGCACCUCUGGGGGAACAGAGAUUCAGAUCACUUCUUUAAAGCCACCUUGAGGGUAAUUUUCACAGCAAUGACAUUAUAGAAAGCUCUACUCUUAAAUGCCGUACAACAAAAAAUUACCAAAACAAUUGUUACAGUGCUGCUGCAUUACUUAGGGGCAUGGUGUAGGUAUGAGCUGGGGAGCAUUCAAGGCUUUGCCAGAGCUGUAAGAAGCAUCUGUAUUGUGGUCGAUGUGGUCUGGAUUACCUUCUCAAAGUAAAAAGAAAAACUCCAUACAUGGUGAAAAUACUGAAAACUCUUCACCUGACAUUUCCACACCAGUUUGAUGCAGUUAAAGAGCGUUCCAGUCUGCCAUGCAGGUUGGAAAUGUCACAGCUACAGGUUGGAUGCGAGCCGAGCUUGUGGCUUUUGCGUCAAAGCUGGAAGUGUCCUAGAAUUUUCUGCUCUGGUAAUUAUUCACAAUGUGGAAGUUAAAGCUGUCGUAGAUGCCAUUGUUUGUUCGUCAGAUGGGGCAGAGGGCUCAGCUUAGUGCCAGCUGCUUCCAACGCUUCUGGAAUAUCCUUUUACCAUCGACACAGAGGACAUAUUCCUGUUGGACACUGCAGUGUGGCUGUGUUCUUGUGGGUAUAAUGUAUUUGUUUAAAUGUCUUUUAAUUAAUGUAUAAUCAGCCAUUUUUAACAUAAUCUGACUGACUGCUUCAAUAGGGUCUGUACACAUCCAUCUCCUCCCGUCAUAAGGAGUGAAGCCAGAAUACUCUCACUAUGGCCCUGGCAUGUUUGGCUGGUGACAUAUUUUGGAGGCAAGGCAUGAACAGAAGGGAUUUAGCAGGUGGAGCCUAGUGACUUCAACCCUUCUACCAACCAAAACACACAUGUAACCUCAGAGAUUUCUUUAAUCAGUACAGUAAAGGGGACGUGUUCUUUUACAGUAUCACUUAAAAUUGGAGAUAGCGUUUACAGCAUCAAUGAAGGUCACUUUAUUUCUAAACACUGUACACUUUGCACAGUCCAUGUGUAUUAACCAGUUGCUCAUGUGCUCAGAUUCAAGCGAAGUAGCUGUGGAUGUUGGCACGGCACUCAGUGAGAUAAGGCGGUGAGAGAAAACAGAUACACCUGCAUGAGGGCCAAAGUAGCCUAUGGUUUGACUGUAUUGCUGUUGGGAAGUGCAGUUAGUAGUGACAGCAUCAUAGUGAUUACUUGAACAUAGUGACAUUGCUUAAAAAUAGGUGCACUCAUGAAAAAAAGGCCCUUCUUUGAUUCAUUAGAAAUCCAAUCAAAAGUGUUUGGAUUUCCCUUGGGGAUCAGUAAAGGUUCUCUUCUUCUUCUUCUUGUCCACCUCCUUCCUUUGCUUCUUCUUCUGCUCCUCUUCCUUAAUGGUAUCCCUCCAAAUCCACUAUAUCCUUCCCUCCUUAGCUCCAGAGCAAACCUAACACUUGAAUGACCACAGUCACAGCUGACUAAAUUACCUGCUUAAGAAGUCCCAAAGCAGGCCUGUUUGAGUCACGACAUGUGUGCCAUGUUUAAUGAGCAAUGAAACACUGGAGAAUAACAUGUUCUGAAAUCUGAACACUGUGAACUUUAAGUUGUAGUGUCGUAGUCAAACUUCAAAUGAGGACAGAAAUGGAAAAUGACUACAUGUACUGCUUCUACAGCAGAGCUACAAUUGUUAAUUUCACUGCUUAAAGUUAAAAUACCUAAACCCUCCUUCUUGAGGUUUCUAUGUCUGAGUAGCCCAAUAAUGUUCUUAAAUAGCACUUUGAAUAUAACAUCCUGUCUGGUACAUAUUGAACCAAGGAAGCAAUUUCUUCUUUGGCAGUGUUUCAGUUUCAGUGACUAUUUGAAAUAAUUUCUAUUUCUUCCUUUCAUAGAUUGUGGUGCUGCAUAGGAACAUCCUAAAAUACACACUGCAAUGAUUGAAGAAAUAUAAAUCAUCACAGCCUCUGAUGCAUUGAAUGAGUUAGUGAUCUGGUGUCUGUUUUCAUUACCAGAGCCUGACCUCGCUCUGUAAUGUCCAUGCCUUCAAAUAUAGUUUGUUUGUCAGGUGUGUACGGAUACACUCGUGAGGGAACUCAUUCUUCUGGUAUUAGUCUAACUGCAUGAUUUUAAAGUAAGUCAUACAGAAUAAAUGUACAUACAGGUCUCUGUUAAUUAUCUAGACAGAUACCCGUUAAUUUGUUCUUACAGCCCUAUCUCUCAAUAUUUCAAUUUUCAGCAACACUCACAUCUUUGUCUGCUCACUCUUCAGCAUCUACCAGUACUCACUCGUUCUCAUUCAUGCCGUCUUUCUAAUCCCCAACAAAGACACUAAUACAGACACUGGACUGCAAGGAGCAAUGACAAGCAAAAUGUGCAAAACUUUGCUUUGCGCUGUUAAAAGGGAUUGUUCUUUUUUUUCUUUUUUUAAUGGGGUUGUUGUAUGAGGUACUUUUUAAUAGUGAGUGCAUCUAUCUUAUUUACAAAUGGAGCACAUUCAUAGUUCCGCAGCUUGGCUGAGCUGUUGAGGUUUAAAUGUGUGAGUCAUGGAUAUAUUGUGAAUUUUAAGUUUGGCAUUAACCAGAGCACUAAAUGUCCAAGAUUAUUGUGCAGCAAGACUAAUGUGUGUAGAGUUUGUAACUUCGGCUUAUUCUUCCCCUUAAGUAGCUAACACAGUGUGCUUUAGUUAGGUAAAUAUGUUGUGCACAUGAUGGGUUUAAAACAACGAGAGAUGAACCCUCACUGUAAAGAUGCACUUCCAUUUGUCUUUACUGGUUUUCUUAUUUAACUUCCAAUUAUUGAAGGAAGUAAAAAACAAUCAGAGGCGCUCAGUAUGGCAAAACACUGGUGAUGUAGACUGCACCAAUGUGUGUCACUAGUGUCCUCUGAUUCAGAAAUGUCCUGAAAUAUCGGUGUCACCAAGUCUCAUCACAGAAAGUCCUCUUAUGAGUUUGUGGCUCUGAUCUUGAAGUCAACACAUCCAUACAGCGGUGUAACUCAGGAUCUCUUCAGUUAACACAGACGUUUUUCUGCGCUCUCUUCAGUCUGUAGACUGUGGUUCAUAAAGGUCCUGUUGUGUCCACCUUGAACAGAAUGUUAUGGUUGUCAGGUUGACUUUAUUCCUCAACAAAGAGCCCGAGCUGAUCAGCAUCCCCUGUGGAAAAUACACUGACUGUCCACAAGUACCUCAUACAACUUCAUUUAAAAAAUCGUACUAUCUCACGACUAGUCACAUUUGCAGAGCAGCUUUGAAUGUCAGUCUCUUGACAUUGCCUGCCUGGUGUUCAUGACUGCAUUUCCUGACAUAAAAUAAAAAAUGAUAGGCCGCGACUUCUUGGCAUUCGCUGCUUUACCUGUAGUUGUGAGCCAUUUUGAUUUGAAGGCAGUCAUGUCCACUUAUGUAGACAUUUUUCCCCAGGCUGAAGAGCAGUAAUCUGCCACUCUGUAUAACAGUCACCAUAUCAGUGUUGCUCUGUAUAUCUUACUAUAUGUCACACAGUUUUGUCAUACAGAGGUUUAUCCAGGAUUUGUAGGUAAGAGGGAUGCUUGUUUUUGAGUCAGACAGGAGUAGAGAAAGAAAAUAAAAAGGUUUUCAGCUUUAUAGUGAAACACCUCAGAGUAUAUGUUAGUCUCCUUCAACAGGGAUAAUGAAAAGCAACACGGAUUGAAAUAAAAAGGGAGGCAUCUGAGAUUAUUUUCCUACUGCUUUUAUUCCAUACUCAGACUUCACUUUUCCUCUCUUGCAGCCUCAUCGGUGUGACCUGUGUCCACAGACGUUUAAUGUGGAGUUCAACCUCACACUCCACAAAUCCACACACACAACCUCAGACUUCACCUGUCCUGUGUGCAACAAGAAGUUCUCUCGCAUCGCCAGUCUCAAGUCUCACGUCAUGCUGCACGAAAAGGAAGAGGUCAGUCAAGAGAAGUAAAAUAAGACAUUAACAGUCACCGAUUUGUUCAUGAAGAAGGAUUUCAAAUGUUUUGCAUCUUUAAUACCUUUGCUUCUUGCAGAAUUUAAUCUGCUCUGAGUGUGGAGAUGAAUUUGUUCUACAGAGCCAGCUCAACUUGCACAUGGAGGACCACCGAAAAGAGCUGUCAGGCGUCAAGGUCUUCGCCUGCAAGAACUGCGACAAAGAGUUUAAGACAUCGGCUCACCUCAAAGAGCACAUGAAGAGUCACGUCAAGAUGAGGUCAGGCAGGUCUGCAGACGCUGAUUAAUUUCAUUUGAGCUAGUCAGACUGAAAAUUGCACAAGGUCAAAAGAAAAUCAAAAUAACUGAGGAGUCUGGUCUUGGUAAUUUAAACUCUAGAGACGGUAUCUGUUCUCCAAUGUAAUGCUUUAUGCAGACUGAAUUAUUAAUAUAUAUGCUGCUUUUGAGAAAUGUAGAUCCAAGGAGAUGCCAACAAUUUAGAGAAAAAGACAAAAAAAACAGGCUCCAUUUCAGAUCUUUGAUUUCAGCAGAAGACUUCACUGGACAAAAGACUUUUUUUGUUAUUUUGAUGUGAGUUUUUUUUUUCUACGAGAGAAAAAAAAUCAUUAAAAUGUAUGGAAGGAACUUUUUGAAAAACAUAUUUAAUGCCAACAUGCACAGCAUGCCAUAGCAUUCAUAUUUCAGUGGCUUACAUUUGCAUUCAAUCUCAUGAGCUGAAUGUGCGUAAGAGCCACAAUAAACCCAUACAAGGCAAACAAUACAGGCUGUCCAUUAACAUCUUUAUGCUGUUACAUGCAGAGGCUGUACAUUCAAACCAAGGUUGAGAAGAGAGUCUUUUGCAGCAAAAGCAGCAGCAUACAAAGCCUGAAAGGAGAUGCAGUGCUUUAUACACAAAGUUUUAUGAUGAAAAAUGAUAGAUGUGAUGUUUGAAACUAGAUACCCCAGACAACACCCAAACAACUGAUAGGAUGAGAAUCAUCUUUAGAUGGAAGAAAACAAAAUACUUUCAGGCUUUAUCUGGAAGAAGAUAGUUUCAAAUACGUAAAUGGACUGUAAAUCCGGCUGAACCCCCAGCAUUUGUAUAUAGAUUGAUUCUGCUAGAAUGUGACAAAGUAGAAAUCCGCUUUUCAAAAAAGCACAAACGUGACAAAAAUGUACGUAUAACUUUUGAUUCACUUUCACUAUUCAUAGUUUUUAUUAAAAGUUGUGCAGACCUCUUGGCUGCACAAUAACUGUUCUUCUGCAAGAUGCCUAAUAAGUAAAAAACAUUUUUCUUAAACAUGACAACACACAUGAUGUGAAAUAUUGUAUCUCCUAACAAUGUCAUUAGAAGCUCGACCAGAAUAUGAAAAGAAUUGACCUGACCAGGACAAACCAUUCAGGAAAGCAUAGUUAAAGGGAUAUUCAGGUGUAAAUUUAAAUGAUGGUCAAACACACCAUUAACACUGAGUUAGGCUCCCCCUCAGGGCUGAAUGUUGCCAAAAGCUUGCUUCUUUAGUUAUACCAACUUAAGUAAUGACAGCACUUUAGCAAUACACAGCUGUCUUUGUCUCCACUCACGAACCUCAACCAAAACGCCACUCUAUAUCCACAAAUAAUGCUCAAAACAGCACCGAACUACAUCAACAGUACAUAUAGGGUCCCAGCCACAGUACUAGCCAUCAAACAUCUUUGUAGCUUUGCCUGAUUUCUUUAGCAAAGAGACCAAACACAACUAACCCACUCUCCUCCAGCAGCCGCUUGUUUGUGGGGGAGCCCUGACUAGUCGAUCACUGAGUGCAGUGGAGUUUCACAGCUCAAGGAAGAACAUUUAUGAUUAUUAGUUAAUGGAAAUGCAAUUAGACUGAGAUGCUAAGGCAAAAGAACUACCACAUCUGCAGUGAUUAUUACGAUGAUUAUUACUUCAUUGAAAUGAUCCGCUGCACUUGGUGAUCGAUCGGGGGUGUCUAACUCAGUGUUACUGUGUGUAUGACCAUGACUUAAAUUUACGCCGUAAUAGCCUAUUAAUGUGAUAUUAACGAAAAAUGAUUACUCUGGUUUUGUGUGAGCUGUGACGACCCUCUUGGAUGAUUUACAAACUUGGUGUUUCUUCUUUUACAGGUCAAUCAACUCGAGCUCCAGAAACUACAAGAAAAACAUCGACCGCAGCGGGUUCACAAACAGCUGCCAUCACUGUGGGAAGGCUUUCAAAAAGCCCAGCCAGCUUGUCAGGCACAUACGGAUACACACAGGUGAGUGAAAGGGAUGAUAUGUGUAAGUUAGAUGCUGGAUGUCUAAUACAUCUGUUUUGAAUUAUGAGUCUAUACAUUCUGCGUUUGCCUGUUUUGUCUCAUAAUUUCACAUGUUUUUGAAAGCCCCGAGGCCACACGUGAAGUCUCUUGACUUUUUAAAAUGAACUUAUUCUCAUGAAAUGACCUCCACUGAUAGCUGAGCAGUUUGCUGUGAUUACCCCUCCUUUCUUUCAGACUGUAACACUCGGCUCUGUUUGUUACUCAGCUGUCAAUCAGAGAUACUGUGUGGGUGGAGUUGCCAUAUUCUGUUAAAGUUCUAUUAUCUUUGUGUGAAUGUGUGCAAACCUUCAUCUGUCUGGGCACAGAUAAAGUCGCCUAACCAGCAGCUUCCGCCCACAUGUUGUUUACACAUCAUCCACAUGUUAAUUUGUUUGGCUGGCUAGCUGGAUGACUAAUGGAGGAUGCAGUUGAUUCAUCUGUGCCUUGAAUCUCAAGCAGCUCUUUGGCUGAUGAAGCCAAGAGUCACUUUGGGAGACGACACACACAGCGACGUCCAAACAGAUACAUCCAGAUAAUAUACUUCAUUCAGUCUGAGAGACAGAAGAGUGGACUUGGUAAAUACGUUGAGUGCUGUUCAGCAAGAUAUAAACAGAGUGUAGUGUAUUAUUCUUAUAAAAACUGAUCAAAUGGCAAAAUUCGAUUGAUUUGAACAUUGAAGAUUCAUAAUGAAAAAUCUCUCAUAGACAUCCCUAGCCCACACUUUCAUCUUUUAUUUCAGUGUUGUGUAUUCUUAUAAAAAAAUGCAGUUGUAUGAAUCAGAAAUAAUUGUUCUCAUCAUCUCAUCUGACCCGAGUGUAACCUGAUCUACCCUUCAGGUGAGAGACCCUAUAAGUGUUCACAUUGCGGGAAGGCUUUCAACCAGAAGGUGGUGCUGCAGACUCACAUGGUGAGGCACACAGGAGAGAAACCUCACCUCUGUAUGUUCUGCCCAGCCUCCUUCUCCCAGAAGGGGAACCUGCACUCCCACGUCCAGAGGGUUCAUUCUGAGGUAAGAGAGCAUCUCUGCACGUCUGACAGUCAAACACACAAACUCUGAAAAUGACUUCCUGUGGACACUAAAUAUGAAAUAAAUUACUCUAUGCAUUUGUGGUUAGCUGGUCUUCUAUUCUAACAAUGUAGAGCAAUAACAAACAGUGUUUUUUUCAGUGUGAAAGCAUUAGCUUCUCUAAAAGCUUUUCCAUUAAGUUCUCACCGUUUCGUGGUAAUUUUGGUAAUUUAAAGGUUUUAACUUAAAAAAAAAUGUGUGACUGUCAGUGAACUUUGCAAUGUCAAAAAAAAGAUCAAGAAACAAGCAUCUCCAAUUUUGACUUUAUAUUCCUGUUUUUUUUAAUAAAAAGACAAGUUUGACACAUUAAAUCGUCCCAAAAUCCCCUGGGUUGUGUUAUAAAAAGAAAACUCUGAUUAAUAGACUUUCUCUUCUGUUGUCUCAAAAACUUUAAAACCUCCCUCUGAUUUCUGGUGUCUUUGUAUUUUGGAUGAUAAACCAGCUGCAACAAAAGAACCCUUAGGGCAAGCUUGCUGAGACAUGCUGAAUUGAUAAAGUAUAGAGUGGAGAAAAAGUCCAGUGGUGGUUUGAAAUGGGUGUUUCAUUACCAGGUGGGCUCGCACUUAAACUUUGUCCUAAUUGGACUGCACAACCUGACCAUGGCCAUGUCCUGAAACGAAUUAACCUGAUACUCUGGAAAACACGCCGGCAUCCAUGCGUGUCAUAUUUGAACAUUAUAUGAAUGAGUUAUGUAAAUAUUGAAGCAUGGCUUAGCAUUCUCAAAGCUAAACGGAUACUUGUAUUUUGUUCUGAUGCAAAGCUGACUUUUGUUGAGAGCAGGAAACAGGAAACUGAGAGGUACUAAGAAAGCCAAUAUGGGUCAAGAGGUUUUAGACCAUGGUUUUAAAACAGUCUACUUGUCAACAAGCAGAACAUAUGAGAUACCUAUCCUGUUUUCAUGUGCUGUUUCUGAGGGGUUUUGUUUAUAACUCUUGAACCUUUCCUGUGUUUGUACAUGGUGUAUUUGUGUUUGUAAGCCCACUACUUCCGUCAAUCACGCCCUGAAUCCCAGCUCUCCUGCUCACUGCUUAUUACAGUGAAAAGAGAGGACGUGUUGCCUUGCAUUUUGACUCCUGGAAAUGAAAUGAGUUGAAAUUGCAGCUCUUUGUUCCACAUUUGGCUCCUGCCUAUUGUAAGCAAUUCACAGCAGCCAAUUUUAUAAAGUCCUCGCUGAUGUUUUUUUUCCAGUCUCAUUUAGCCCAGACUCUGCUCUCUCACCGAGCUCUGUCUUUGAGGUCAUGUCUUCAUUGUGAAACUUGAGGUUUUGAAGUGCAAAGAGUUUGACUCAUCAUAGUCCUCCCUGGAUGAGGUCCAUGUCAACAGCGUAAUGAAUUUGCCUGUGUGAAGGUGUCCUUUUCAGCUUCUCCCUUUUUUUAUAAAGAACCCAUUAACUGGCAAAUGAUGGUGGCAGGAAUCACUCGUUGCUGAAGACUGCUUCCAAUAUUGUGGCUGCUGUCUGGACUAGGUCAGCUUUCUGGCAGCCUGAUUGUAAAGCAACACAAUGAUCUCCAUCACAAGAGGUGCAGCGGGUCCCACAUCAGUGGAUAUGCCACAGCGCUCUGGGCCAGAGGUUUUUUUAUCAAAAAGAUAACAAAGACUCAAAAGUAUAAAAGAGGCUUUGUGCUCACACAUCCAGCUCCACACUAAUUAUUUGACUACUGCCAGUGCAUGCUGGGAAAAAAUCUCACAGUUCUUUUUGCAGCUGUUAAGUUUCAGCACCUGAAGAUGUGAGGAAAGAAGUGAUUUCAUGGUUCCCCAGUAAUAUCAAGAAAUGAUUCAUAACUAAAUACAAGGGACUAUCUUAAUCAGAGUCAGCCAAUUAAUGGCAUUGUAAGAUUCCUACACCUGCAAAGUUAAUUAAAAAUUUUAACAAAUAAAACAAUAAGAGUAAUCACAGAUGGCUGGACUAAACUGCUGAAGUACCUUUUUACUGAACCAACAGCAGAGAAAGCCAAUCAUGAUAACAUGUUCAUUCAAGUUCAACAAUUUGUUGCUCAUUUGAAUUCACGACUAAAUUGUUUCAUUUUAUCACAUGUCAAAAAAUAACAACGUGAUAUCAGCUUUUUAUAUCAGCCAUCAGCUCUUGGAUUAUUAACAUUGGCCAUUGGAAAGCAGAUAUUAUAUUUAUUCAAACAAUCGACGUGAUCAUCUAAAGUCACCUCUAUGUUAGUUUUCUGGAAAAUGGCAUAACACCCAAAUCAUUUUUUUUGAUACCAGACAAAACACUUUUUUUGGUUUAGCUUCAAAGAUGAGGUUUUUAGGGGGGUUUGGUUGCUUUUGUAGCUAGGGUUGUCCUGACCCGAUAUUGAUUUAUCAGCAAAAAAACAAAUAUUGGAUUAUAUCGGCCUGCAUCUAAAAUCUCUGAUAACAGCACUCCGAUACAAGCAGUCCAUUACAGACUCUGCUUCAGCACUUCUAUCUAACCGUGCCUGGAUCUAGCAUGCAGAGCCCAUGUAAUCACAACAACAGUGUGUGCUAAGGCAGCAAGUAGGAGGAGUGAUGAUGGCUGUGUGGCAGUAUUUUUAGUUUAAGUCUGAAAAAGAAGUUGCAGCUGAGUGGAAAAGGUUACAAUAGGUUACAAUACCGGUAUCAUAUCGGAAGUAAAAAAGUUGUAUCGGGACACCCCCAUUUGUAGUCAAUAGGAGGCAGCAGCUUCAGGGAACUGCAGUUAUUGGCUUCAGUUUUCAUCUCUUGAAGUUAGUUGGAAAUGCCUGCAAAGCCAAUGGCAUUUCCAUCCACCUUGGAUGUAUUUUGUUUGUGGUACAAGUAGGCUGGUUAAAUGAGCAGUUGAACGUGGCUAGCAUUAAACCUGGGUAAAAAUUAGUGUAGCAGUAUUGUGACUUGCAUCAUUGCUUGUUCUACUUCACUGGCGUAAUAGCGGUGCUGUAGAUUCUUAAUUUGACUCCCUGGAACAUCUCAUUUGGAAAUGUUGAAUCCACAUCACAAACAAACAGCAUUUAGAGAUGAGUUUACGUAAUGUUACUGACCUGCAGGGAUUUUGUAUUUUUUAUUUUUAUCAAGUUUGCGCAUUGUGAUCCUAGAACUAGUCAACUACCUGUUGAAUAAAUACCACAUUACCACAUGGGGCCUCUCUUAAAAACUGUGUGCAAAAUGGACUAAAAUGGCAGAUGCUAGCUCCUUGAUUUGAGAAUGUAAUCCUCUCAGCCUUUAUUGUCUUUAAAUCAAAAUCCUUUCCCAACAUAAUGAGACUGAUUGUACCAGCUCCUCUUAUUUAGAGAGCCUUUUGACAAAGUAAAUCAGAGACUGUCAGGACUGAUGAUGUACUUGGUUCCCAUCAAUCCAUCAUGCAUGGAGCCUAUCUUUAAUCCAGUCCAUCAGAGAUUGAGCUGUUAGUGAGUCCUUUUGACUCACUUUUAGAAGACCUGUCUGUAGGCGAACUGCUCAUGUGUGCCAUAUUUGAAGUACUAUCCUUUGGGCAAGUUGGACCUGAACAGAGACCUUAGACUAAACCGUGACAAAAUGAAUGCCAGACUUUCAGUCCAGUACUUGAUAAACAUGAUGAGUCUGUCAUUUUCAGUUGGUGGUGUCUUGUCUUGCCGUGCAUUUAGAAACCGAGUCCCUCAAGAGGUUUGUUACACACAUUUGCAAUUGAUGUAUAAUCAACUGAACACAUGCAAAAGACAGGAGAGAUAAUCAAGCUACUGACCAAGCUACAACUGCUUUGAGAGUGAGUGCAUCUCUCUUUUUUUCAAUGUUGUGUAUGUUUCAUCUUUCAGACUGAGUCUGGGGAGAAAAACCUGCACAAUUGAUACUCUGUGUUCAGCAGUCUGGCCGUAUUAUUUUGCAUGAGUCUGUAUUUGAUGUUCCAAAAAAACGUUUUUUUAAAUGGUUUAGUUGGUCAGAUAAUCUGCUCAUGAGAUGCCUCAUACUGCACAGCCCAUGAUUGGGCCUGUUUAUCUAUUUACCUGUGCAAAGGCAAACAGCAGAGUCAUUUAAAUAAUGAAUCUGAUUGCCACAAGUGUUCUUCAGCUCUCUUAUGAAAGAUAGACUUUGUAAAUGAAUUACAAACAGGUGUUAUCUGCUGUAGACUCCAUCAGUAGAUGCUAAUUGAAGGAGGAAAAUUAUCAUGGUUGAGAUGAAUUUUGUGGCGUUUUGGCCUUGUAGCUCAAAAGCAUGUUGAAAAUGGUACAUAUCUAUAAGUUCAUAUUUGACAUGUGCAAUGGCACCUCAAUUGGGGGGGGGUCUCUAGGGUUAGAGAAACUGCAAAGUGGUACAGACUAAGGAAAAAAAACGUGCUAAACAGUUUAGGAAAUACUCUUUAGCUCUGUGUUUUGUAUUGAAGGAACACUGCCAUAUCUCUCGUCUUUCCUUUGCUGCUAACUACAGAUAUCAACCCCACUUGCAGCCUCAUCUGAACUUCGAACACCCUCAAUGACUCUACUUUGAAAUUCUGGUUUCUUUCUAUUCUUCCCACUCUUCAGACUUAAUUUCUGCCCUGAUCUUUUCAUCAUUGCCACCUCCAGUCUGUCUCUAACCUCCUCCUCAUAUGACAUCUAUUUCACCUCCGUCCACUCUGUCACAGUCCUCCGCUCUCACCUGAUGAUUACAGUAAAGGUGAAAACGCACUUUCUGACCACACCAGAAAUGAAAGCGAUUUUUUUCCCACACCGGGGCACACCUACCCUUUAAUCAUCAUGUCUGUGAUGUGAUACAAUCGAGCGGGAUGUCUCAGAUUUCCCAGCACUCGAAUGUACUCUAAAUGCAUCAUCAUCAUCAUUUUGUAACCUUAUAUAAGCAAUACUGUCCACUAGCACUUAUCCUUUACGUCAGCAGUGGUUUGUCCAUCACAGAGAAGCAAUCAUUUCCUAGUGCUUUGUCCUCCUUGAAGGCCUCGCUCAGUCGUCGACACGGGCUUCAUUCUGAAUAGCUUCUGACUUUUUUCAUUGUGACUCCACAUUCUCUUUUAUUGCUGUCAUUUCCGUUUUGGAUAUCAGUGGUCUACUUUUGGAGCCUCAUCUCCUCUUCAUUUCAAAACACAGUCGAGUCUCAGGAGUCUGCCAAACCGUAUCAAGCAUCCUUGUGCGACUGUUUUAAAUAUGUUCGUCCCUUGAGCUUCCCCGAGGCCGAUUCAACAGACUCUGCUGUUUUCUGUCUAAAUCUCAUCAAUGCUUCAUUCCCACAUCAGAUUCGAUGGUGGUCAAAGCGCCACACUCAAUCAGCUAACAUCAAUCAUGAAUGACUCAGAUCGACCAACUUUUUCCAAUGAUACCGUGAAUUUUCUCCUCAAGUCUUGCAGAAACAAAAUACUAAUACUUUUGAUUUGGACUAUGUAUGGGCAUGGAGAGCUGAGACGUGAUACUUUCUAACCAAAUGUUUGGCUAAAAAGGUAUUUCAUUAAAACAACAACAUAUCAUGCACUGAUACACACGCACUUUUUAAUACUUGUGUUGAAAAGUGCAGAUACACUGUAAGGAUGCCCAGCCCAUGUUCACACUAUAAAAAAUGGAAGGUCCACACGAAUGAUCAUUUUGACAAGCUUUACUGGUUACAGAUCUGGGUUACAGCUUCAUCAUGCCACAAGUGUAACAAAGCAUAACAAAGUGUAACAAAGAUUGGUCUGAGACUGUUCAAGUAUAUAUAGCUGUCCACAUUUCUAAACAUACUGCUGACAUUUAGUUGACCCUAAGAAAAAUCCGUGUACGAUAAGAACAAAGGACAACAUAUUUUAAGGAGCUUUAGGUGAACAUAUGGAGGGUCCAUAGAAGGAAAUACCAUGACAGAACAUAUUUUGGUGACCUUUGUGAUGUCCUUGUUGAGGAUAGUUGUAGUAGGCCCAAGGCUCUAGAAAUCUAGCACCAAAGUAUUUGAGGUAUUUGAGUGACACAGCUCCACCACCCUAAAGGCGGACAUGAUUGACUAAAGAAACUCAUCCUAACAUACACUAAUAUGAUUUUGCAUCUGACUGACCAGCAGUCAAAUCACCGCAUCUGUAGUCAAGGUGGGGAUUUAUGAAUUAAAUGUAUGUUAAUGGUUCUACAUCUUUAUCUCGAUACAUGAACAAUAAUGGCUGAAUAACAACAUUUAGCAUGUUUUUCAGGGACUGAGAUGAACCAUCAUAGGUGAGCAGUGAUAGCCAGAUGAAUAUAGAAGUAAUCCUUUGUGUGUGUGUGUGUGUGUGUGUGUGUGUGUGUGUGUGUGUGUGUGUGUGUGUGUGUGUGUGUGUGUGUGUGUGUGUGUUUGUUUUACAGAGAGAGGGUGUUCAGCUGUUCCCAUGCAUGGAUUGUAGCUGUUCAUUCAAGAAGCUGGGAAGCCUGAAUGCCCACAUAAGCAAGAUGCACAUCUCUGUGAUUGAGGUGCCCUCCGGCAAUUCGGUGAGUGAGCAGUCUGCAGAUAUCAUGACACAGGGGUUGUUUAAACAUUGACGCCGCUCUGCGCAGUAUUAUGCUUUUCUUGUUCUUGUCUUGAACAACUUAACACCCCCUACCCCCCAAACACACACACACAAACACUGUAGGCAGAUGGCAAAUUAUUGGAAAUGUUUAAACAAUGGAGAAAGCAGUCAGCUGUAGUUAAACGAGUAGUUUUCUGUUGCAGUUUGUUUGUAGAGUUUGGCUCAAAAGCAGAUAAUAAGAUGGCUUUAUAAAUAAAUAUCUUAAUAUCAGGCUGGGAGCCCCUCAUUCUGGUCUUUGUAGGUAAUUUUGCUGUUUUAUCUUCUCGGUCGCAUUUUUUUUGUUGGUGUAAACUACUUUCACAAAGACAGUACACUUCCUCUAUAAGAGCCAAACUCUGCCCCACGCUCAUACUCAGAAUGUUCGCACAGACACUGUUUGAAUUAAUGUCCGCCUCUGUUGGAAAAAUGCAUGACCAGAAUGUCAAUGAGUCAGCUACAUAAUGGCUGAUGCUCUGCUAACUGUAUGAUAAAAGCCAGUCAGCUUGCGAAUCACGACCUGUCCCUGUCUUAUGAUUGGCACUUUGUUACACCGGUCCUCAUCUUUUUCCUUCAUUCAUUCUCUCCUAAUUCCAUCUCCACCUCUCCCUCAGGAGACAGAGACAGCAGGUCAGGCUCCCGGAGAGUCAGAGGGCGGUGAGGGGGUGACAGAUGUCAUCCAGCAACUCCUCGAGCUGUCGGAGCAGGUCAGUGGGGAGACAGCCCAGCCACAACCUCCGGAGCCAGUUAUCGCCAUGGAAACUGCAAUCAACCAGGACAUCCUGCAGGUCGGUGAAGGACAUUCACUCUCAUUAAAUGAAUUACACAGCCUGAGCAAAACUCCGCUGUAUUCAGGACCCUGCAGGUCUGCUGGGAUCUACAGGCUCCCGGCAUAAGUGAAAGUGGAUGAGUAUCAGUCCUAAAGCAGCUCAUGAGGAGUUCACCAUCUCAGCCCCAACCUCUCUGUGUGACUGAUUUUGAAGGAUGGACAUUUUGGAAAAUUAUACUUGUUUUUGUAUCUGUGAGAGUUGGGAGCAAUUAGGCACAGGAGCACAUAAACACAAGCGCACCACCACACUUAAAAAACACACACAAGCAUCUGUCACUUUAAAUCUCAGAAACUAAGUGGAACCAUUUAUGUGAAAAUGUACUUGCAGACUGUAGCACCCACAGCAGGAUUAUUUUGAAUUCAGAAGAAAUGAGCAGAGCUGAUGGAAAAGAAACUUUUCUUCAAACUCUUAAGAACGUCACUAAAAAUAUGUUAAUUUGAGCUGACGCUCUGCCAAAUGUCUUUCCUGUUUUGACUGAAUUUGGAGCCACAUUCAACCCAGGGAAAAGGAAAAUGUAUACUCUGACUCUGGAACAGGAUGCUCAAUGAAUAUAAACACCUGGUGUUUAGAACUUAAUGGCACACAGAAAGAUAUGAUUUUUACAGGGAUACAGUUUUUGCCUGCUGUGAAAUUUUGUUUGCCUAUUAUUGUCGGUGUCAGGCACACUAGGUAAGCACAACAUGAAAUUCAUUAAUGUAUCACAAUAAAACAUCCUAACAUGAUUCAGGUUUAUGCCUUCAUCCUAGGGCUAGGCGAUAUGGAAAUUUUUUUUAUCACAAUAUAUAUUUUUUUCAUAUCAGUUGAUAUUGAUAUAUAUAUCAGGGUAUAAAAAAACACUUAUCAAUCUUAAAUGUUCCCUGUUACUCUUAAAUGAAAUUUAACAUUGUUUAUUGGACGCAUGUCUUUUGCAAUACAAUUAGCAACUGCAUCUGUGAGGUCUUUGUGUCUCUUCAAUGUUUUGUUGUAAGGCGUUGGGCUAGAGAAAGCAGACUGAAUGGUCGGCUGUUUCGGCUGCACAGGCGCCAUGGGCUCCUGGCUCCGCUCUGGGUUUGUAACCUUUUGCGUUGCGCGUGACCCUGCUUCAGGUGUUGAAAAAGAUUUGAGGUAUUCACUGACUUUGCGAGAACAUGUACUCGACAUAAUUUGCAGUACACAUUUCUCUGCCCCAUGUCUGACCUCAAAAAAAAUGAAAUACCUCCACACCAGUGAUGUUUUCUCGCCAGUGUUGAUGAUGUUGUCAUCUGUUGAGCCUUCAUCUGCAUUUCUGCCGGGGGUAGCACUCUUUUGUUUUUUUCUUUUUACCCACAGUGCUGUCGGUUUCACGUGUUAAAGUGCUAUGGUUGCGUGUAGCUGCAGCCUGCUACUACACAGUUGUUUGCUACUUGGUUCUAAUUCAGCAUGUGAUUGGUUCAGCUUGAAGUGGACUUGGAGCAACUCCCCUUUUCAUUGGCUAUUCGUAUAGUCUACCAAAACAUGGUAGAAUGCUGGCUAUCAAAAAACAUACUGACCAUGUUUUAUAUUGAUAUUGAGGAAAAUUAAUUUUUGAUAUAUUGUUAUCGUUUUAUCGCCCAGCCCUACUUCAUCCUAUUUGUGUUUUUAUAUUUGUAACUUAUGAUACAUUGACAAAGCUGUGAUUUGUAUUCUGUAUCCCAGCAAGCUCUUGAGAACAGCGGGCUGAGCGUAGUCCAGCCACAAGGUGAUGCCACGUCCAGGGAGUCACAGAACCAGACCACUGAGGGCGCCACUGUAGAAAGCAAGAAAGUACCAGCUCCUGACAGACCUGCCCGGGAAAAGAAAAGGAGCAUUUUCAAGAAACCCAUUCAAAUGCCAGGUUAACACACCCUACCUCUGUCAUUUAGAAAUAAUUUCAGCCAAUCCAUGUUGGAGGAGAAUUUCAGAUCAGUACUGAGUGAAGAUACUGAACACAUGCAAAUAGAAAACUACAAUCACAGAUGUGCUUGUCUUCAUUUGCAUUCAUGUAAUUAAAGGGCGUAUUUAUAGAUACAUCAGCAGCACCAAGCAAACAUCUGACAGAAACACUAGAUGGCCUCUUGACCCUUCUUUCCUUGUCAGGCUCCAUCAGGGAGGAGAACGGCGUUCGCUGGCACGGCUGUCCAUACUGCGCCAAGGAGUUCAAGAAGCCCAGCGAUCUCGUCCGCCACAUCCGCAUCCACACCCAUGAGAAGCCUUUCAAGUGCAAACAGUGCUUCAGAGCUUUCGCCGUCAAGAGUACCCUCACAGCACACAUGAAAACGCACACGGGUAUCAAGGCCUUUGAGUGCCAGUGCUGUCUGAAGUGCUUCUCCACUUCUGGCAGCAUGAAGGUGCACAUGCGGCUGCACACAGGUGAGAAGCAGGUCCACACCAUGCAAAAAAAAAAGAAAAUAGAAGAUUUGGAUGCACCUUUUCUCUGUAUGUUGUCUUACUCUUGAAAAAAAUACACUGUGCACCAUCAUUAGCAGUAUGCACAGCAGGUAAUGGCGACAUAAAGCAUAUUGGCUCCAGUUUAAUGAUUUGUCUUUCCUGGAAGCCUCUAUCAUUCAGUGUUCAGCUGUAUGUUGUAAUGACAAAUUACAAAGGCUUAAGCUGUGUAAAUACAGUCCUGCUGCUGUGGCUGGAGCCUUAAUUUGCACUCAUAUGUUUGCUUUUUUCUGCUUUUGCUUCCUCUAAGAGGGGUAAUGGUCAGUAACUCGGUGGGUAUAAAUGUUAGCAUUAAUAUGAAUAAAAAAAAUUUUAACAGCUCGGUCAUUAUGUGCAUCUGUGCAUUUAUUUUCAUCUGUGACAACCAUAUCAAGGCUGUGUCUUUUUUAGGUUAUAUCCACAUACUGUUGGUUUGUUAUAUGCUAGCUUUGAGUUAGCGCUCUUGACCACUAUGUUCUCAGGCAUUGUGCUGACACAGUUUGACAGCAAUCAUUUGCGGUCACAGAAUUAUAGAUUAUUUCUUUACUAUGAAGCUUUGUGAAUUUUUUCUAGACAAAUACGUAGUAAAGUUGAAUGAGCUUGCUCACAUAUUUAGUUUUUGCCUGAAAUGUAUAUUGUUUACAUUGAUUGCAAGGUUCCUACACAGUAGUUUCCAUACUUUCCCCUACCCUACCUUUUAGAAUUAUUCUUGUAAAUACCUACUUUUAUAAUUUAGAAAACAGUAUUUUAUAACUGUGAUAAAAUAGUUUGUUAAAAUAUUUUUUUUCCAUACUUUAUUUUUUAUUUACCAUAAUUUUAAGACCUGGAAAUUGAUCAAAUUGCUUCCAUACGUUUCCAUACUUGCACAGGAACCCUGUGAUUGGCAAAGGGAAAAUAGAUUUGAAUGCAUGGUUGAAUUGAUUUGUUUUUAUGUUUAGAUUUCAAUGAAAGUAUAAAAACUUGUCUAAUUCUCAAAAUGCUGUUCUUUCUUUACUUUUCCUAGGUGUGCGUCCUUUCCCCUGCCCCCACUGCGACAAGAUAUUCCGGACAUCGGGCCACAGAAAAACACACAUUGCCUCCCACUUCAAAAGCUUACAACAGAAAAAACACAAGUUUCCCCGAAAAUCCAACAAAGCCAAAGUCUCUAAAAGUAAUCUACCUCUGCCUGAUAUCCCCCUGCAAGAACCCAUCCUCAUCACCGACUAUGGUAAGACCGAGUUCAAGGACUCUUAUGUAAAGCCGUGUUGAAUCUGAAUCAUGAUUGUGAAGAUAAUCACCCUUUCUCAUUUGUCCUUGAGUUACGGUGCAUGAGUGUUUAUUGCCCCUCUGUUGACCUUUAUUGAAGUUGCACAAAUUGAAAAAUGUUUUCUUAUUUGAGUCGGUGUGUUGCUUGUUUCACUUUUAACUCAAUAGGCUAUCAGAACCCUCGCUUGGCUCUGCAGCAGUACAUGGAGGUGGUGGGUAACGAUCGGCCGUACAAGUGCCAGUUCUGCAAUAAAGCCUAUAAGAAAUCCAGCCAUCUGAAACAACACGUCAGGUAGAGCCUCUUCUCUGCACCACAUGCUCAGUACAUAAGGAUCUGUCUUUUUGAAGAUCAAUAGAUCAAGUAGUCAAUAUUUGUCAAUCAUGUGCAUUAAAAUGAAUGAGACAGUGUAUUUAUUUAUUUGAGAUGGUAAAAAUUGCUCAGCUUGUGAAGUGAACUUGAAUAUAAGAUUCAAGAUUAUCCACAUAAAGUCAACAGAUAGAUACGGGGAGAGAGCAAAGAAAGUGAUAAUAAAGACGUGUUGACAGCAGUAGAUGGAUUCAGUGUGUCAGAAAAGUACCAUGGGAGUUAAGAGGAAAUUAAUCCUGGAUAAGAGAGUUGGAGGAGAAAAAGUGGAGAAGUUGGCAGGUGGGAGGAGAGGCAGAUGGAUGGUAUUUUGUGUUUGUGAGCCAUUAAAAGACCUCUCAGUUAUCCAUCAAGCAAGAAUUGAAAAAUCAACCCUUUGUAGCAAAUGAAAUUCUGUCCUUAAAGGUCCUCUGAAGAGUGUCUUUAAAGUGUUGAUCCUGUUAUUAUUAUUUCCUUCACUGUAAGCUAAUAACAUUAAAUCUCCAUCACACAGGAAAAAAAAACUGGUCAUGAAACCGCACUAAUAAUUUUAAGCAGUCUGAUCAGUGUAUCUGUUGAUCUCUGGCAUCUUAAAAUUAUGUUACCACAAUGUACUUUGAUAUGAAACAACAAAACAGUGAAUUUGUAUGUUUUUUACAUGAUACUACUCGUCAUUCCUUCCCAGGUCUCACACAGGAGAAAGGCCUUACAAGUGUGUGCAGUGCAGCCGAGGUUUUGCCUCCUCAGGAGUCCUCAAGGCUCACAUCAGGACCCACUCUGGUCUCAAGGCGUAUAAGUGCCUGAUGUGCGACACCACGUUCACGACCAGCGGCAGCCUGCGACGUCACAUGACCACCCACAGUGACCUGCGACCUUACAUGUGCCCCUACUGCCAGAAGACCUUUAAGUCAUCACCCAACUGCAGGAAGCACAUGAAGACUCACAGGUCUGUGUUUUGUCAGUGCAUCUGUUUGGACAAUUUUUUUUGCACAUAAAGGAGUGAGUCUGACUGAAGCAUGUGAGCUGCAUCAAUCUCUUGUUCUACUUUUCUUUUCACAGGUACGAACUGGCCCAGCAGCUGCAGCCCCAGCCCACAGUAGACCCCUUAGCAGGCAGCACUGUGGCCCACGAUAUGCAGGUUGAAAUGGAGGGAGAUGCCCUGCAACAACCCCCUGCUUCCUCUGCAGAGCAGCAAAGCAUGUUGGGACUGGGCCAGACCGAGGUUGUGAAUGGAGGCCAACAAGUAACUUUGGAGGCCCCACUGACUGACCAGAACCUCGUGCAAGGCGAAGGCAAGUAGAGGGAGGACUAACAAGGUGUGGUGGCAUAACAUGGGGGUUUACUGAACACAUUCACGUGCUGCUCUCUUUGGUCCCAGGACCGGAUUUUUGUAGAGAGGGAGUUACAGAGAAGACAAGUGGAAAAAUGGAUAUAAAGCGGUUCCUGACUUGUUUGGUGGCUUUGGUUAUCUUUCUCAUUAUAUUAAGUUUCAUCUAAAAAAAAUCUACUCUUCUGAAAAAAUUUUCCAAACUGCAUGGUGAUCGACUUUUUAAAGUUCACAAACACUGUUGUACAGUGGACUACAGCACAUUAAAGGAAGCGAAAACAUGAUGUGGCAGUAUUUUAAUCCAAGUAUAGACACAAGGCCCUAUAAUAGCUGCUCCCAAUAACCCAGAGGACCAGCCAAGUUGAUCUCUGAGAGUCUCAUAUUGUUCAUUCUGAACUCUGAAUUUAGAAAUAGCUUUAAGAACCAAUGUGUCAGCUUUAAAUUGAAGGUCUUGUGGCCAGGCUCCGUACUUUUGACCUCAUCAAAAUUCAUUGAAAUUCUGAUAGUGUUGAAAGUGGGAUUUCGCCCUGCAGUCAGAGGAUUUUUUUGUAUUAAAAUUCAAAGGGAGAGGAAGCCUGUAGUUGGUUUUUGCAGUCUUCUGAAUCAUCCCUAAAAACCUCUGCAUCAAUUUCUAAGAAGAUCUGCUGCAGUGGAAUACACUUUACUUAACUCUUUGUUUGGCUAUUCAGAAAAACUUUCCUAGUUUGAACACUUACUUACAAUUUUAUACUGUAUCCAUUGGAGAGAUGUCUCUGCUCUAGAACAUUUAGCUAACACCAAAAAAGGAGACAAAACUGACAGAGCGAGUGAUUACCUGAAAUAACUCUGAAUUUAAAUGACUUCAAGUCUGUUGUCUUGUAUCAUUGUAACCACUGAAUGCCCUUUUCAUUGAUCUUUGUGUUUGUGAGCAUCAGACUAACCUGUUGUGUUGCUCUGCAUCUUUUCCUCUAUGGUGACAGACUCAUAUGUGAAUACCCAACAUGCUCUGCCUCAGAAUAUCAGCCAGUUUGAGACACCGGCGCUCCCUCAGCCCGCCUUUGACCAACAAGCCCUGACACAAGGUACAAACAGGAACACACACAAACAUGUAGAGUGUCACAAUUUUCCUCCUGCAGUCCUCUCAAGCUUUUGAAGUAUUAAAUCCAUAGUGUUCAAAAAUGUACCCAUCUGAGUGUUAAUUCAUUUAUGACAAAAACAAAAUCUCGUUAGACCGCCGCCUCCUAAAACACUUCAGACCAUAAAGUUCAAAGAAAGUAAUUGAUUGAUAAUUAACUACCCUGCACUGAUUUUCUUGUAUUGCUUCUGCUGUCUGCCUCAAGUGUGUGUAUUCUUAAUGUAGCCUUUCAUUUCAGAUUGUCAUUAAAAAAUCAUCAAAAAGAAAUGGACUGACAAAAAGACGACGAUUGUUUGUUUUUACUGCGAGAGGAUCUGUUUUACCCAAACUGCCACAGCCAUCAAGACCAUUUACUUAUUAAUGAUCCAUAUAUUGUUUCUAAGAUUAACUCCAUUUCCCCCUCUAAUGUGAAACUCUUAAUCCUUAAAAAAACAUCUGGUUGCUACUUAAACCCCACCAGCCAAUCACCCAAAGUUGCUAACAUGCCAAAAAAUGGUGUUGGCUGACUAUGAAACUAAAAUAGUUGCAGCAGCUUUUGGCGGGUGUUAAAAACAGCUGCCAACUUUCCACAGACAAAUCCAACUUUUACAUUUUCUCAGGAUGAACGAUGACAUGGUGGCUUUGGUGCAGUUAAUCUUAAUUCAAGUUUCCAUAGCCAGACCGACGUGAUUUAGCCUGAAAAAAGACAUCUAAAUGAUGUUGGGUGUUUGGUGGGUUAAGUUUCCAAUGAUUAAAAAUGGUCACACCAAAUGUUUGAGUUUAACAAAGAAGCCCUGCACUGUUUUCAAAUCUCUUACUUGUAGUAUUAGCUAUUAAAAGCUAUUUACUUUAUCUUGAAGUCUGUCAUGGUUACUUACAGCAGCAUCAAACUGCUUUGAUUUGUCCAAAAGAGAUUCUAGAUAAUCAACAAAAAGAAAACAACUAAAUGAAAUCAUGAUUAAAUCAAUGUGAUAACACAGUAUUUCUAAUAGCUUACUCUCUUAAUGUAAAAAACUCCCAACAAAUGGAGGAACAUACUUAUGCAUCACAGGUGAUGUAUGAAUCUAUGAAUGAACGGUUGUAUGGUCAAAUUACAUAGCGCCCUUUGCUCCUGUUUUUAGGGUGAUUUAAUGGCGUCGAUGCAGUAACAAACAAGGCUGCAGACCAUCUGUUAUAUUUCUGCUGCUGUCUCUCCUAUUCUGAGUCAGUGUCAGCAAACUCAAAGUUCAGUCAGUCGUAAAAGUCUGUCUUCACUCAUGGUGCAUUUCUCUCGAGAGACACACUUAAUGAGCUCGUCAAAUGCAUUUUUGCUGAGUUGUACAUUCACUGUUGUGUCAUCUGGCAGUCAGCCUCCAUAGUUUUACCUUUAGACAGCGUUUCAUUUGAGUUUUUGAAUUGAUUGCUAACUUGCACUUCUACAUUAGUGUUUUGCCAAAAUGACUGAGUGAUCACUCUGUUGAAAAUUGAAAGUGAUUUAUCAUCUCCAGCGGCAUAGUGUUUUUUCCCUGUCGGUCAGUGCUUGUACUUUGAAAUCCAAUUACUCACUCGAGAUAGAUUCUUUUGUAAUGUUUGCUGUUUGCCCACCAGGUUUCACCAUCACUGAAUCGAGCUACAACCAGCCGCAGUUCUCCACCGUCCAGCAGCUGCAGGAUUCCAGCACCCUGGAGUCUCAGGCUCUGUCGUCCAGCUAUCACCCCCCAAACCUGCUCCAUGUUUCCAGUAAUGAGGUGGUAAGUCCCAGGCCUUAGAGCAUGCCCACAAAGAAUAUAAUCACAGUGAGAAAAUUAUUCCAGUAGCUCAAGUGCCAGAGUGGGUUAUUCAUCGCGUUUUCAUUGUGCAAAAAAUCAGAGAAAAUCUAAAACACACUUGGCCGCAUAAAUUUGCAUAAAGAUGUGAUAAAAAUGGGAACUUUAAUGAUGGCACAAUUGCAAUUGCAUGCAGAAUCAGUUAAUUUGCUAAUUGAUGCAGCGAUUUGCUUGAUUACUAGACCAGCGCUAUCAUUGAUUAUGUGUGACACCCCAUAGAUCACUUGGAGUAUUUUUGAACUAAGGGGAGCCAGUGUAGCCUCUGCACCCUGCUGCCAACCUUUUUAUCCUUCCAACCUAAGUUCCUGUGGCUUUGGCUCUGUCGAUAACUUACCAACACAAGGGUGAAAUCACUUUUCAUUUAAGCCCUGGUUCCUACUAUGUCCAUUUUGCGGACAUUUGUCUUUUGUUUCAUCUUUUUUUUGAGCUGACAGUCACAUUUUUAAAGAUUCGGGCAUCAAAUUUGGUGAGAGUUGAUAUUUUUCUUCAUAUUAACAAAAAAAAAAGUGUCACCUGUAGAAUUCUGUAGCCACAUUUUAGCUCCAUCCAGCCUACUUUGUCCACAAAACAGACUGUAGACUUCCAUUAAAAACAUGUUUUUGAGUGUGUGUUUAUGGUACCAUAACAACAUAUUGCAACCUUUUUUUGUAGUCACUCAAUCACCAGGGCUCUAAAUUUUGCUUUCCGAGAGUGAGGUUGAUUCCAAGAGGUUGAUUCAGCACAUAAUUUAAACCCUUUUGGAGCCGUGCACCAAAGUUUUCAUUCAUAGACUCAGCACGUUUGAAGCGCUAUUUCAUCCACUAAACAUCAUCAGAAUUAAAUUGGGGACAAAGUCGGUUGGAGGGAGCUUAAGAUAUGGAAAUUGGCACCACAAAAUUUUUUAAAUGCACCAAAAUCGAUUUUACUUCUCAUCAUUGACAUGGCCCGGUCUAUUUAUAAAAUAAAAAAUAAAAAAAAGUCAUCUAGGCCAUUUUAUAUGGGAAAUACUGUGAUUUUGUGUUUUUUACCAAUAAAAAUAACAGUGAUAUGGUGCACAAUAACUAGGAUAAAAAGAGUGUAACACUAAAUGUUUCAUUUAUUAUUUUUUAAUAGUCAGGGCUGAAGUUUUUUAAGAGAUAUGAGUCAAGAAAAGUUUUUAAAAGUGUAGGCUGGAUGGAGCUUAAUAUUAACAAGAACCAAGGGUUAAACACACUUCCAACCAUCCCUUAGAAGUUUGUGUACUUGGAUUAAACAUGAAAAACAAGACCUGACUGACAUCUUUCUCUUGUAUUUUUUCUCUCUCUAUCUAUAAGUAAUGGAAUUUUGUCUUCUUAUCUUCAUCUAGACUAAUGGUCUCCUUCAGCAGAGCAGUCAGGCUGAGCUACAGCUGACCACUGAAGCACAGGACUACCAGGAGGACAGUGAGGACAACAGCAAGAGGGCCUACAGGUAAACAACGACGUGGUAUUAGAAAUUGCUCCCACCUCAUCAGCUUGUGAAUUUCAACCUCUUUGUAAAAGCACCAACUGUUGUAACCAUGGCUGCUGUUGCACACCCUCCUUUCCCGAGGGCUACUUCUGGCUUUCAGUCAUCCAGACCCUUUUAAACUGUCAAAGUAGAUGGAAGAUUUUUCUACCAGGUGGUCAUCAAGUGUUUUCACUAGUUCUUGUUGGUGUCCGGGGUAUUCAUGAACUCUCUAAAAUAGGGACUCUAAUGCCCUGGCUGGGUGAUUCAAGUUGUACUUGAACAUGAAUUUACUAUUCUCUUGUUCACUCUCUUAGAUCUGCCCUCAUUUUUUACCAAACAGUGAGCCUCCUCAUGGUUUGAACGGGGAUGCAAUUUUUUCUGUUUCACCAAAGCCAUCAUUGUGGCAAAAAGAAACUACCAGUAACUGUACGAGAGACUCUUUCUCAGUAGUCCUUGAAGCAUUCUGUCAAACCCUUCAAAGUCUGGUUGAGCCGCAGCACUCAGGCCUGAUGAUUUGUGAAGGUACAGCUGUCAAUUUACAUGUUCUGGUCAGCCAGGCCUCUUUUUUUGCCAACAAAAGACAUAUACAAGAUGAAACAAGAUAUUGAUUUAAAGAUGAUUUGAUUUUUGAAAAAGUAGCUGACUUUACUUUCUUAUGAGUGAUGAUUGAGGCCUGAUAGCUCCUCGGGCUGUGCUCACAUUUGGUAUUUCUGGGUUCCACCAUGGGGCUAAGUGGUUAUAUCCUUGUCUGUUGACUUUAGUUUUCCUUCAUUGAAGUGUGUGAAUUGUUUUUAUGUGCUCUACUAUCCAACCAAUUUUAUGUCAAGGCAUAAAACAGAUGGAGGUUUGAGUCAACAUCCUAAACUCAGGGCCUGGGAAAACAAAUAGCAAAGUUUACAGCAUUUAUCAUGGCUGCUUCUACUAUCCUUAUUUUUGUUGUCAGAACUUUUCUUUUUAAACCUUUCAGGAAAUAUUUUAAGAGACAUUCCCCUCAGAUAUAUGCAUACUUUUCUAGACAACUCCUCAAUGUGUGGGAUUCAUAUUAUCUCCAUCUGUAAUUUUGAUGUGCCAAAAACACAUAUUGCAAUUUUUUUGUGACGUGUGAAAACUGUGUAAAUCAAAAGAAAAGCAGAGUCACACCCACGUCUCUAUGGAUUUAUUUCCAGUCGUUCAUCACUAAGUUUCAGGCCUUUGCGUCAUCCUUGGUUUGAUACAACUCCCAUCUCAGCCAGGAUGUGCCUCAUUGACUUGAGGGACUCAUGGAGAAAAUAGAACAGACGAUUAUUAUUUUUUUAUUUAUCAUUUUCUGUUUCCAAGAUGGACAUCAGUUUUAUGUGUAUGUAUAACACCGGGGAUGCUGUUUCCCUGCAGGAUUUCAUCAGUGGUAGUUCAAACUUAACAUCUUUUAAUGAAACUUAAUUACAAAAACAAGUUAAAAAAAGAGAACAUUUUAGAUUCUGAGUUGAUAAAGAUGAAAAUAAAGUCAAAUCAUUAAGAUUUCUUUUGUGCAAGGUGCUCCUCGUCUAAAUCUUCUCCCCCUUUCUUGCAAAAGCGAACCUUGAUGUGUUCAAAGUGUUUCUGGACAUAGAACAAGAUAAUUAAUAGCUACCCGUACCUGCCCAUUCAACCAAAGCAACAAAGACACAAAAACCUUUUGUUUCAUCUGGCAGCUGCUUUGGGGAUUGUUGAGACUUGGCUGUCAGCAAAGAACUCUUCAUUUUAGUCUAAUGGUGCCCAGGAGGUGACACUGAGACACACCUCACGGGUUUUGGAGGAAUAUAGGAUGAGCCAUGUCUCAAGUUUUUCAAUAUUCUUUGGAGACGCCUGACAAAGAGGCAGACAGGUGGUUCCUGCUGUUUGUAUUGUCUAAGCUAAAUAGCCUUUUCUAUUGUUUCGUGAGAUCUUCCACAAUCAUUAAAGCAUAUUGUCUUAUUCUGAAGCAUCCUUUAAUCUUAAUUCAUUACUAUCCUUUAAAAAAUUGGCUGACACAUUGAUAUACAGUGCCCAGCAUAAGUCAGUACACCCCCUAUUAAAAGUAAUGUAUUACUCAAUAUCUUGAUGAGCAGAAGUACAAUUUCCAAAGUUUGGACAAAGCUGAGUUCAACAAAACAUUUUAUUUACCAUAGGAUGAAAAUAAGGACGAUAUGGUAACUAAAAUUUAGCUUGGCUCCCAGAACUUUGAUUGGGGUGUACUCAUUUUUGCAUCCUGAUUUUAAAUAAUAAAAAAAAUGUUUUGUAUGCAACUUCAAAAAUCUUGUUUGCAAUCAUUGGCCUACAUUUGGGGGAGUAUUUUGUUGUAUAGUCUGACAUAGAAAAUAUUGAUUUUGAAAGGAAACUAAAGGUUUUCUGAUAACUCUGAAGGGGUGCACUCAUUUAUUUGUUUUUUGCUCUUCACAGUCUUUUAUUUUUUCUUUCAAAAAUAAUCAGCGCCCACUCUCAGCCCACUGUAAACUGUAAAACGAUAAGAUGUUUUAUUUCUCUCUUUUUCCAGGUGUACUUGGUGUAACAAGGGCUUUAAAAAGUCGAGCCAUCUGAAGCAGCACGUGCGCUCGCACACAGGGGAGAAACCGUUCAAAUGUCAUCUCUGUGGACGAGCCUUCGUAUCAGCCGGAGUGCUCAAGUCACACCUUAAUACACAUACAGGUAAGCGUACACUUCAUAAGGUCACCGUGCCAUGAAGACUAUGAUAUAUAUUUUAUUGCACCACAUUUGAACCGGGAUAUCUAGAAAAAAAAAUGUUGCCUGAUUAUUAUUAUUGCUAUAACCUUAUUUACCAAAUGUCUUGUGUUUCCUCCACACCAUGAUUUCAUAUUUCAAUUAUUAUAUGAAACUUGAAGAAACUUUAAAGUAUUAUUACAACACUGCUUUCCUUUUGACCUUUUCUGAGAGCAGGUAUUUUCAUAACAAGUCUCAAUGAAAGAACAUCCACAGACCCUGAAGUGGAUACGCGAUUGGAUUGUGAGAUUUACGCUCUGAAAGAGUUGAAAAUCCUUCAGAAAAGUUCUUAUUUUUCCUCCAUAGCUGCGACAAAGAAAUGCAACUAAAUUUAGAUCAUGUAUGUUCUUGAAAACUAAUAGUAACUUCAGGGUUGUUGGUUAGGCCUUGUGGUUAUAUCACACGCUCAACGCUCUUUUCAUCUCCUCUCUGCAACAGCAACCACUUAAAGUAGCUGCUCAUAUCUGUUACAUCUUCUCCUUUGUCCAUAGUUCAUACUAAAGAAUGAAACACAGUCUGUCUCUCUGAGAGAAUACAGGCAUUAUAUAUCAUAUAGGCUUAUCCCUUUUGUCAUGCAUGGACUUUAGAUGUUGAAAUAGCAUUAAAAAAAUAAAUAAAUGUUUUGUUUUGUUCUCAAAACGCUGCAGAGAAACAUUCAAUCAGCCAUGUAUGAUGGCAGGGAGAGAAAAGAGAAUCUCAGGGGUCACCUCUCCUCAGCACAUCAUAAGUUAAUGUAUUUAAAUUACCUUUUGCAGAAAUACACGGCAGAUUGUGCGCCUUAUAGAAUCCGAGUUGAUGCAUAACAGAUUGGUUCCCAUUAUAUUUUCUCGUCUCCUCCCAUCUGUAUUGACUGGGCUGUGUUAUUUCAAAUGCCACUCUUAGAUCACAGUGUGACUCAUCCGGUCUGGUAUUGAUAAAUUACAUGCAGCCUUCGUCAUCAAACAAAUGUGGAUUUAAUAUGUUGUGUUUCUCGUGCACACCUGGCAUUUUGGAAUGAGAGAGGUGAAAGCAAAGAUAUUCACAAGAGGCAGCAGAGAAGUACUAAUCAUAAUAAUCAAGCAGGUGGUUUGUUACUUCACUUGAUUGUUGGCUGGUAUUACAUUUCAAUUUUACUACAGGCACCAGUGACACUUGUAAAAGAUGUAAGCAGUCACCUGCUAAUCACAAACACAUGUUUUGGUCCUGCCUGAAGCGCACUGGCUUUUGCCGCCAAAUAUUUUUGACACACUGGCAACAGUGCUUGAUAUGGACCCUAAACCUGAGCCUUGCACAGCCCUGUUUGGCUGCCCUCCACUUAUGACACCUCGACUCCCUGCGUCAAAGCGCCGGGGAUUGGCCUUUACAACUCUAUUGGCCAGACAUCUUAUAUUGAUUAAAUGGAAACAUGUUCUUCCACCUUCGCACAAUAGCUGGCUUAGAGAGGUCCUAACUCAUAUCAAGCUUGAAAAGGUUAGAUUUUCACUGGCGGGUUCCGAUAACCUGGCAGCCCUUCUUAGAGUACUUAGACAGAACUACAAUUUACCCAGAGAGGAACUAGAUGCCUCUCCUCCUUACCUGUUUUAAUUUUUUCCUUUUGUUUGUUCUUAUUUAUAUUAUUUGAUAACAAUGAUAAUAAUAAUAAUAAUAAUAAUAAUAAUAAUAAUAAUAAUAAUAAAUAAAAAUGAUAAUAAUAAAAAUAAUAAUAAUAAUAAUAAUAAUAAUAAUAAUAAUAAUAAUAAUAAUAAUAAUAAUAAUAAUUAUUAUUAUCAUUUUUAUUAUUAUUAAUAAUAAUAAUAAUGUUAUUAUUAUUAUCAUUAUUAUUAUUAUUAUUACGUUCAUCUAUUUAUUUAUUCAUUUUAAUAUAUAAUUUCAAUUUUGAUUUUUUUUUGUGUUUGUCUUUCUUUCCUUUCCUUUGUCUAACAGUGGGUGUGAAGGGAUAAAGAUUUACAGACAGUUCAUAGAAGCUGUUAUAAGAUUUCUUGCAUACACUGUAUGUGUGAAUUGUUGUUGUAUCUGAACAGAAAAAAACAAAUAAAAAGAUGUACAAAUGUUACUGUACUCUUCCAGUGAGUUAGAAUAGAAAUAGAAUAGAAGUUGUAUUCCCAGCUAUGUAAAUUAUUGCAAAUUAAUUGCCAUACAUAACAAACCCUGACUUAUGUAUCAUGGUACGUAAUGGCAAUGUGAGGUUUUUGCUUAAUCAACUUUGAAAGAAUAUCAGCCGAUAUAUUGAUCAAACUCUCAGUAAAAGGUAUCAAAAACGUUUGAAGUAUAACCUCCAAGCUCAACGUGCAAACCUUACCUCUCUCACCUUUCUCUGACAGGAAUGAAGCCCUACAAGUGUAGUGUGUGUGACGCCUCAUUCACCACCAACGGCAGCCUGAACCGCCACAUGAUCAUUCAUAUCAAGUCUUAUAAAUGCUCCAUGUGUGAGGAGAGCUUCAGGACCAGCCUGCUGUGUAAAAGGCACAUGAGCAAAGUGCACGCUGUGGAGGAACAAAGUAAGAACACCUGCAACGCUCUGAUGUUUCAUUUCCUUGAACUUUUCAUACACAGGGUCAUUUAACCGCCGUUCCCUCUCCACAGUGAGGAGGGAAGGGUGAGAAGUUUUAUGUCAACAGCUAUGUGAACAGAAAGAGAAGUUCAGAUAUGCUGAAAAGAUUUCCUGCUGUGUAGAUAAGUUCAUGUUUUUACUCACGGUGAAAAUGUGUCCAUUUGAACUCAUCAUCUUCCCAGUUUGAGUGUCCGAAAAUGAGGCGUAAACCAAUGAAACUAAAAUUCUGAACUUCUCUCUCAGUUGUAGGUCUAGAGUCUCAAGACAUGGAAGAUAACAAUGAAGAUGAAGAAGAGGAUGGGAAGCAAAAGUCAUCCAAGAGGAGGGGUUUGGAAAUCAUCACUUUCACUGAGGAGCAGGCAGCUGAGCUAGCAAAAGACCCCGGCGAGGAGGCCUCAGUGUCAGAGCGGAUCCUCGCUCAGUCAGCAGCCGAGAGGGAUCGAAUCAGCGAGAUCAAAGACAAGGCGGUGGAGCUGGAGACGGAACCAAAGUUCGCAAACUGCUGCAACUACUGCCCCAAGAGCUUCAAGAAGCCCAGUGACCUCGUCAGGUAAACCUCAUGUCUGUUUUUUUGGUCUUUCAAGACAGAGUGUGAGCUCGCCAUGGCCUGUAUGAGGCACCAGUACACCUAUCCUGUACAAACGCUGGUUGAUGAUCCAUUAAAUGAAAACUCCAGUCUCGUCCACCCUAAUUUGCAUAAUUGUGGCUGUUCUGUGCAUAGGCCGUGACGAUUUGCAAACACAACACCCCUUCAUCAUAGAGACAAAAUAGGUCCUCUUCUGAAAAUGUUGAUCUUAACAAGCUGUGUGAGCCUCUUGAACCUUUAAAAUAUACUUGGUUUAUAAACAAACCAUUUCAAACACUUGUAUCUCACUUGAUUCAGUCUCACACAAAAUGAGCACCCGGAUCAGAUCAGCAUAGAUAGAAGUUGUUGAAUGUGUUGGCCUAAUGCAGCAACCUCUGUUUUUGUUUGCCAAAUGUUUGUGUUGUGACUCAGUGUCCAGGUGGUAAGAAGAGAUGUAAGACAGAAGUUACAGACAUCUCAGAUAUAAAAUACUCUGACACCAAACCCAUGAUCCUCGCACCUCCUGCAUGUUAUUUCAGCAGCUCAACAUUUAAAGGGAUAUUUCAGUGUAAAUUUAAGUUGUGGCCAAAUACACCAUAACACAGAGUUAGCUAGUUGUUCGGUACAGUCUUGACCUGUCACCCGAGGAGAUAACUGGUUAAAUAGAGUUUUAUGUUUCCCAGUGAGCCACACGCAUCAAUUUAAUAUUUCAUAUUUAUGGUCAACCUGUUUCUGCAACUUCUUUGACGCUCAUGUAACAACACUUUCAGGAUAGAUAUUCAAAAUGACUGAUAUCCCUCCUUGCUCUUUCUCCAUUUCCUGUUGUAUUCACUGUCCUGUCCUCCCCUAAUCGAGGCCAAAAACCCUGAUUUUUUUUUUUUAAGAAUGUAGAUCAUGCCUUCUGUUAACAUGAUUUCAAGUCUACAAACUGGGUGAAACUAGUUCAACUCACCAGCUGUGUCCUUGACUGAUGUGAAUCUGUCAUAAUGCUGACAAAGAAAUGCCCUUUGUCCCUCUGUUUCCAUUUUUAGACACAUUCGGAUCCACACAGGAGAAAGACCGUUCAAGUGUGACGAAUGUGGGAAGAGCUUCACGGUCAAAUCUACCCUCGACUGCCAUGUGAAGACACACACAGGUUAGAGUUCAAGCUCCGGAGUUCGAUUUUGUUGGGGUUAAAAAGGUUGAAACAGUUUUGUACUGAGUGAGACAAUGAACAAUGAGCUUCUUUAAUACUGUACUUAAAAAAGACACGAGUGCAAAUCUGGUUACUGUCAGAGUCACAGUACAUUGUAAUAUCAGAAAAGUUCAGCAAAUGGGGGAAUCUGCUCCUCUGCUUUCUUUCUGGAGAGGGAAAGAAAAAGCUAAAACCCACUCUGAAGCAAUAGGUUAGAUUUAUUUUGGAUACAAUCUAGAAAAGGGUAAAAAGGCGAGUCUCGCUCAAAAAUCCACUUUCUGAAGGAAAUUAACAUCAAGAAGGAAAAAACGUGCUUUAAUACCCUCAUUUAAAGCUGUUUUGUCCAGUUUAAAUAUCUCAGUUUUAGUUAACAUUAAUUUGAUAAGGUAUAAAAGUUAAUGACAGGGCUUCAGGGUGGACUGAAGGUGGGUUAUCAUUAUUUUUUUCCUACCUUUAAAAACUCAUUCAUGCCCACCUCAGUUAGGUAUUUAAAUGAUGUUUCCUAAAAUAUAGCCGGAUUGUGCAAUCAUGUCAUGGUGUUAUCUUGUCAUUUCCUUUUUGGUCCUGUUUUCCUUAUCGUCAUUCGUCAUUCGUCAUUGUUAUUAGUUGUCAGUGUGUUUCUUUUGACCAUUUCUGUGAGAUUCUUGUACAAUAUGUGUAUGAGCAAUAUGUGUAUGUGCAGUGUGCGUGGGUUGUGUGACUGUGUCUUUGUUGAGUCUCUUGCUUUGUGUCAUCAAUUGGCAGCUUUAUCUGUGCAGCUCUUGGAGUCCAAGACAAAUUUCCUGAAGGGGACGGAAAAGUGUAUCUUAUCACAAUGUCUCAUCUCACAUCGUAUCGUGUCGUAUUUUCAUAAAAGAUUCAAGUCAGUCACCUGUUUUCAGGUGGUUUUGCCAAACUAAGCUGACUGGCUCCUGGCAGUAUCUUUACGUGUAGCAUAUUUACAUAAGAUAAGUCGUAGUACUCUUCUCUAACUCUAAAUUAGAGCCACUUUCUUGUACUCUAACUGUCCUGAAGUCAGGUUGCAGGUGCAGAGGAAUAAUAAGUUUAGUCAAAUAAAAGCUUCGAGCUCCUGACCUGAUUAUAAACGCUUCAUGUCCUCAUAUUUUCAGCCCUGUUUAAUCCUACAAACAUAUGAUCCAGUCUCAAAAGAUCAGUCUCUUGAUUCAGAUAAAGCCAUCAACAAAAAUGAAAGGUUAAAAGGAUGAAUUAGAAGUUGUGUUUUAUCCUUAACUGAAAAUGACCUGACUAAACCAACUCUUUCCUUCUCCUUCCAGGGCAGAAACUGUUCAUCUGUCACAUGUGCUCCACCUCCUUCUCUACAAAAGGCAGCUUAAAGGUGCACAUGCGCCUCCACACUGGCUCCAAGCCCUUCAAAUGUCCCUUCUGUGAACUCCGCUUCAGAACUUCAGGCCAUCGCAAAACCCACAUCCAGUGCCACCUCCGGCCGAGCAGCGACAGAAACAAAUCCAAGCGCUCUGGCUCGUCUGCUGGUCAGGCCAGCCAGAAUCAAGAAACAGGCACGGGACAAGGUGCAGGACAGGUUCAGGGCCAGCAAACGGCAACUUCGGAUGCUCUUCAACCUGUGGGACUGUUACACACCUCCAACUCUGACCCCAACAUUUACCUCCCAGCCAACCAAGUCCUGGCAGGCCAGUUUGACCAGAACCUACUGCAGCCAGGACUGGUGGGACAGGCCAUCCUGCCCGCCUCCAUGUCAGGUAAGGAAGCAUCUGUGCAGGAACAUAAUUUUAGACCGACCACAUAGACUGUACGAGUACUAGAAUGCCUUACAAUGUCAUUUUGACUGUUUAUAGUCAGGAAACCUUAUUCAUAUGGAUGCAUUAUGAUAAAACUUUGAAUGACAAUGUAUCAGCCUUUUGUUGAACUGCCUAACUAACCAAUCCAAAGUCACCAAGAAAAUGAGAGUUUGCUACAAAAAACUAACCAACAGAGGAGGCCAAAUCACAGAUUAUUGGUGCAAAAAUAUUCUUUCACAAUAUCAAAAAACAAUUAAAGCCAAAGAGUCAUAUUUAGUUAAGGAUACAGCACAGUUACAGGAUAGUGAAGCAGAUCAGAAUCCAAACAGGACGGGCAGAAAGCCCUGGAGGGAUUCUUAAUUCACAGAAAGUCAAGAUGAAUCCCUGUCUUACAAAGUUAGGACAUGAAAUUUGAUAGCUGAACCACUAAGGAAGUUCAGCAGUCUGAGACAAGAAUAUGUGCCUGUUAUUCUGAGUGGUUCUGAGAAGCCUACUUAAAAAACAAUCAGGAGUGUGUUUGAGUGUCCUUUAAUAGAUGAGUUUAAUUUGAGAGGAGGAAUAGAUCCAACAAACUCCAAAACAAAUGCACUGAAUUUUAAUGUCCUCAAAAGUUCCUGGUUUAGUGUUCUGCCACACCACACAGCAACAUCUUCCUCUAUUAGGAUUUGGCUUGUUCUCUAAAGGCACUGUCAGGCUGAUGAUUAAUGCAGCAGGGUUCAGGGGUGUAACUGAAACACCGCUGCGCUCAUCAUUCGCCGUGUCGGUCAGUCGGUUGGUUAAUCAGUUGGCAGCAUCAGAGCUGGUGAUUAAUACGAAUUUCAACACAAUGCCUGGUGAGACAUCGGCAGGAGGAAGGUGCUUCAUCACCCCUAACCACCUCUGUGUGCUCCCUCAGCAUUAGUCAACAAGAACUAUUUAAUGGUUUUCAACGCCUGCUCAGUCAAAGGCAGCAAAAUCCUUUUACACUUCGAAAAUAUACUCGUGAAAAUGAAAAAAUAGCAGAAAUGAUUCUAAGCCUUAUAAGACAAAUAAAGAGGAUAACAGAAUUCAAGUCCACAAAGUUAAACAACACUUUAUGAAAAAGUCUACCUACUGGGUUAUUGGGUUCUGGAUAUAUUCAAUAAGGCUGUAACAGAGCCACUGUGUUGUUUCAGUGCAGAACCAUGCACAAAAUCAGUCAAAUUUAUCGAAAGUAAAAAAACCUUGACUGGAGCUUUGAAAUUGCUUCCCCCUCACUGAUCCUGGAGUAUACUAUCUAAGACUGUGGGUCAAACUUGUUUCACAGUCCUGGCUUUCUUCUUGGAGCUCAUUAGUCCUGAUUUUUAGUCUUUUUCCUCCUCCUCCUCUAUUUUGGACACAUUUUUGAAAGAGGCGCUUAAACCUCUCCCAUAGGUCACCACACUUUCAGUUUCUGGGGAAACAGUUGAUGCUGCACCAAACUCCCUCUGUUGUUACUCAUUCAUAAAUAUGCUCCAGAGAAACCACAAGGGCAUUUUGUAAGCUCAGAGGUCAAGCAGUGUUUAUAAGGAGCGUUUUGAUUAGAUGCAAAAUUAUGUAUGUGCUUAAAGGGCUGUCCUUGUCUGCUACCGAAGUAGAAACUCCUUUUUUUUCCAAGUCCACACUCUAAGAUGUGUCCUUGUAAGCUUCUUUUACCUGCUGUUACCUUUUGUACCAUCUGCAGUAGAUUUUAAUUCCUUUACAAUUUUUUUUUAACAUAUAAUAAAACCAAUUUAAAGGUGCAAUGUGUAGUAUUUAGUAAACUCUGAAAAAACAGAUUUUGUUGACAUAUCAUAAAAUAUUCUUAAAUAUGAGAAAAUGAACGUGUGAAUACCUGAAUACGCAAGCAGUUUUCCAUAGCUGUCUACUUAAACGUCUUCUAAUGAACUUUUAACUAGAUUUGAAAAAAAUCUCUCUUUCCCUGUCACCUGCAACAGCGAAUAAGCCCAUCUGUGUGAAGAUAAGCUAUUUCUAAAUAGUGAAAACUGGGAAAACAGGAGCCAGUGGUCGGGUCAGACCAGAGACGACACGCGCAUUUUUUCUCUUUAUUUUGCACUGAAAACGCGCAUAUUACUGUCACUACACAAACGGUGACAACGUCUUGCCGCAGGAGACUCCUGCAGACACCGUGUCAUGCAACAGCUGCAGCCAUGGAGUGUGAAGCUCCUCCACACCAGAGACAGAAAGACAGACAGGCAGAGCAGCUCCGUAUCACUAACCUCAGUAGUCCUGCUGAUCCACGUCUGUCUCACACCGGCAGGCUGACCCAGACUUGCUUCCCAUUUUAGAUACAUUUACAAAGUAAGCUGUUUUAAACUGCUCUAUAAAAAGUCCGUUUCUGGAGCCCUGAUAAGCCAGAUAAGUGCAUUUACAACAAUACGUGCUAAAACACUUCCGCUUUUGUCCAUAGUGGCCACAAAAAUCUACAGAAAAUGAAACCUCGAUCACAGCACAGAGCAGCUAAAGUAGCAACAGAUUCAUUCUUGUAUAAGUGAAUGACUUGGUUAAGCAGAGAGAGGUUUUGUGCAGAAAAGUAUUUACUUUGAUAAAGUUUUUUAAUCACAAUAGCUUGACAAACAUCAUGGAUCACAGGAGAUUCUUGUCCUCAAAGGUCACUGUUGCUUCACCAGCAAGUGUGAUCAGCAAGGGAGCAUUUCAUUCUAUCUGAAAUCUGAUUGCUAGAGAUCGAUAAAUAUUCAUUCAAUCAUUUGUUUUCAUAUGUGUGACUGUGUGUUUGUUCUGCAGCUGCAGGAGACCUGACUGUGUCUCUCCCAGACGGUCUCACCACACUGGACGGCAUCCACCUGCAGCUGACGCCUGCCAACCUGGUGUGUCCUAACGUCCAGAUCUCCGGCAUUGACACCAGCAACAUCAGCAACAUCAGCAACAUCACACUUCAGGUAACAUCCCGCUCAGGUUUUUUUUUCGUCACAACGAUCUCAGGUGUUAGAAAUCAAUCUUUUUUUUCUUUUUUUCAUUCUUUGAAUCAAGGAACCACCUUCUUAUUAAGAAGAAACAACUUUUAAUCGUCUUGCAAAAUCAGAAUUACUUGGAAAUCCAACAAAAUACUCUUAAAUCUCAGGGACAGAAAAUUUAUGCUGAGAUGUUAAAUGUCCUAAUAACCUCCUAAUGCCAGCUUCAUGUGGCCCUGUCAAAUUAGCCAUGUAAUACUAGCAGAGGCAUUUGUUGCCUUGCUCAGCUUGUUAAUACAGAAAGUCUGAGAUGUUUAAAACUCUGUGUUUUCUGGUGUCUGUUUGUGGGAAGAAUUCAGCUUUGAAUCUGAAAAAAUGUCACAACACUGCACCUGCUGUCUCUAAUUCAUUUAAUUGAGCACUUGCAGCAGCCGACUUUAUAAUUAUUCCUGGAGAGAAUUAUCAUUUCACCCGAAACCAUUUCACUCAGUUACCUCACAAUCAGUGUGUACAAAAUAGUUUCAGAUGAGGUGUGUCAUUAUCAGCUUUAUUUCCAGUGAAGUAGUAGUUAUAAAAUGCAUCUUUGAGGUGCGUUACAUUGAUGAAACAUUAAAACAAAGCUGCUCUGUAAUCUAAGGAUGAUUAAGUAACCUGCUUGUUACAGGCAGAACACAUAAUCUGUGAUAAUGACUGACUGUUAUGGCAGUGUGUGAUGUUAACUUUACAACAGAGGAAACUGUGUUUUUUGCUAUAUGACAAGUGAAUGUGUAUGCAUCAAAAACAGUGAGUGAUCUUCUGGAAGAUUAAACUCUGUCAUCUAAAAAUGGAACAAAACAAGACUGAACAUGUCUGCCUCACAGGGUGCCAGUGAUGUGUUUGGAUGAAUUAACCUUUGAAAACAAUAAAUGUCUUUUUAUAUUUAUUUUUUCCCCUUUAACAGCACAGUGGGGAUCCAUCCUAUUUUUACAGCUGAAUAAUGUUUGAAUGAUCACAUUUGUUCAGAUUUGGUUCUGUUUAAUGAUUUUUUAGCUAAAGAUAUUCGAAAUCUUUACAAUUGAACGCACAGCUACGCAUUGAUUAAUUGAACGCAUUCGUUCUACAUGCCAGAAUAGAUUCAAAGUUUAGUUUGCACCAAGUAUUAUUCAAACAGUCAAUGAAUUGCAGCAAUGCAUCCUUGGCUGUUUUAUUCAUCAAGUUUAAAAGGCAAAGUCUGAGAUCAUAAGCAGUUUAAAAAGUCUUGAAUCUUGAUGCUUUGGGUAACUUUUAAAGCAUCGCUCAUUAAAAAAAAGAUCACAUUUCAUCAGACUUCUUGGAGUUUAAUCUACUUGAUGGGUUUAAGUUGUCAAAAAUGUAUAUUACUCUUGAUGUAUUUUUUCUGAAAGCAACAAUCUUGUCUCAGGCUGCUUCCCAGAACAUCCCAUUGGGUCUCAACCUCCUCCUCCCACUCUGUACAUGUGUCCUCUUUUCAUCUAAAGCAUCUUUUGUUCUCUCCCCUAGAUCGACCCAACCCUCCUGCAGCAGACCUUACAACAAGGCCUCCUCUCUCAACCUCUGAGCGUUGAUACAGGCCUCGUCUCCCACUCUGGCAAUCAGCUCAUGCCCUCUUCUGACCCCUCUGUGUCUGCUAAUGUUGUUAUCCACCCCCUGACCAGCCUGGCCCUGCAGCCCUCCUCCAUCACACCUGCUCAGGUCACGAUGGCUGGUCUCUCUGAGCAGGAUGCUUCAGGUACACAUGAUGAUUUUAGCAGUGGAGGUUACAAACAUAUAUGACAUAAAGAGCUAAUCCAUGCAUUAUAUAUGUACCCUAAAGGUUCUCAGGAUCUAAGCCAUGUGAUGGGCAGCUCUGGGCUGGUAGCUGGAGGUACCAGCGGUCAGGAGAUCACUCUGACCAUCAACAAUUCAAGCCUGAGUCAAGCACUCGCCUCAGCUUCUUGUGCCAAUACAGCAACAGGAAACCCUCAGGAGAUCACACUCACAAUAUCAGGUUUGGACUACUCCCUGCAGAAUAUAACACAAACACACAUUUAUGCAGUUUUCACCCAGUGCCACCAUUGACCGCAAGAGAAAUUUCCAUAUCUUUCAGGACCCACAGAAUGUCUUGCGCUUGGACUAGAAUUAAUUUCAUUAUCUCAAAGGAAAGGGGUGAUUCUGUUCUUUUAUCAGAAAAAAGUUAGUCUCUAACUCACUCCUGUGUUAAGUUAUUGCCUGCUCAAUGCAGCGUGGUCAUAUCGUCUCAUUUUUACAAAGGAGAGACUUUAAAGCAGAACUCUGAUCAUCUAUUUCAUUUCUCUUCAAACUAUUUUACUGGUGGCAUCAAGGUCCUCCCUCCUCGGACACCACUCCUCAUCACUCUUGAGAUCCGAUUGUGAUGUGUCACUUUGUGACGGCUGGGAGUCGUAUUGGCUCUUGAGAACCUGACACCGCGCCGUAAACUGCAUGGACUGCUCGUGUCCUCCUUGUCGGGACUGUCGCUGAAUUCCGGCUCAGUCUCGCUCACCAGUACCAGCAGCGGCGGCACAAUGACAUGCCGGAAAAUUGUUUCUUUGAUUGUCGGCUGACGAUGUGAAGGUCCGGUACCGGGAUCUCCACUGGAUCCAGAAAUGGUAGCACUGCGCCCACGGGAACUGAUGCCCCAAGACCGUUAGCUCUUGGCUAAUGACUUCGGCAUUUUCUUCUCUCCUCACAGAGAAAUAACACUCCACAUCUAGGCUAAUUGGCACACUUGAUUGCACACUGCUCACUGGCGAGUACUCGUUUUGUUACUGUAACAUGAUUAUGACGUAUUUGUCAGCUUUCUGUGUUCAGAAAGACCCCAAACUUAGUCGCAUGUUGGGGAGGAGCGCCCUCUGGCAGAAAACAAAAAAACUGAAAAAUCCGUCCAAAUCCGUCAAUGGCACUGAAUGAGUUAAAAAUCACACAACCUUUCAACCUUUCCAUUUUCACAUUAUAUGACGUAUUUAGGCAAACUCUAUUUAACUGAUGUUUUCCCAGCUCAGGAAAAGUGGACAUACCAGAUUAAUGUAAAUCAAAAUAGUUUAACAAACAUAUAAGUGUGUGUCAUACUAUACAUGCAGCAUAGUAUGUUGUAUCUGAUUAAUAUAACACACACUGCUGCAGACGGAGCAGUCCUACAGUGAUUUCGCAGUAAUGCGUGAUCUUGUCUUUUUGUGGAGCAAAGCAGCCCUAUACUUUUUAGCCUCACUCUGAAGACUUGAACCUCGUCAGUCAGUGAGUCAGCAAGAACAAAAACAAUCAAUAACAAAAAGAUGAGAAAGAGCCCUUGGAAAGUCAGUUACACAUUUAUUGAUUUUCUCACAAAGGCAAACAUAUUUUUAGGCAAAGUACCCCUCACACAAUAACGACCUUUUCUUCCCAUUUGUAGCUCCUACACAGAUCAAGAUCAAGAGCUUCAGCAUUAGAGCCCACGAGGGAAGCACUUCUCUCACAAAGCACUUUUAGUCUUAGAGACAGUUAGGAUGUGAGCUGCACCCACUCUGUGGAUGUAAUUUCUGCCUGAGCCUCUUUAAGUCAUGAUACAUAAUUUUCUGUCUUAAGUACAGAAGAGAUUGCUCCUCGGCCUGGUCGUCCUUCAUCUAGCACUCUGAUGUAUUUUUGUGCGCUCAUUUAAACCCUUAAGCCAAAGAUGUCCCGUGUUAUUAUUGUUAUAUCAACUUCUGAGUUGUCUUUAUUUCCCCUCAAGCCGCACUGAGACGUUUAGUGGGUAGAUUUCUCUUUCAUAAGUUAUUGAUUUUUUUAUGAACUGGAGGCAGUUGUAAGAGGAAGAAAUAAUCGGGUCCCAAGCAACAUGUCUAAACCUAUUUACAGUCCAUGUCAUUUAUUUUUGCUCGUAUUUUUGUGCCCUCCUCUGAACAUACUCACAAGCUUUUCUUCAUCAUAGAAUUUUCUACAACGUAUCUCCUGAGACAAACAAGAACUCAGAAAGUAGAUGAAUGUGAGAAAACAGAGAUGGUUACUUUGGAGUUUUGACCGUUUAUUGCUCCAAUACUGUUCCAGGUCAGGAUCUGCUCGCCCAGCAUAGCAACCCUAGCGGUGCAGAGAUCAACGGCAGCAUCAGGCUAGCAUCACCACUCAACAGCCAACCCACCAACGCCACCUUGACCAUCACCAACGACCACCUCCUACCUCAGAGCCCCGCCAACACUGGAAUGGCAGGUGAGGACGUUAAGUUUGUAUCUUAAUUAUCUACUCAGACAUAUGAGGAAGAAGGAUGUUUGAAAGCCUCAGUUUUCUAUUCAAAAUCAAACCAGGCUACCUCUUUAGAAAUCUCAUCUUUGGUGUGAUUGGAUUGGAGUCAUAAUGCCCCAGUAAGGUCCAAAAUCAUAGUGACACAGUUAGAUAGAAAUUGGGUUACAUUUGGUGGAGCUAGUAUGAAAAGGAGUGUAACAGUAGUGCUCCACACAGUAAAAAUCACAAACAUGUCUUAAAAUCUUUUCAUGAAAACUCUCACUGGUUUGUUUUUAUUCUGUUUCCCUCUAUUCUUUCACUUGUUGGUAACUGUGCUGUAUUUUACUUCCCCCUACACCAGGAAGAUGAAAGAAAAACAAGCCUGCCUGUACCUAACCUUAACCUUGAUUGGUUUUAAAGUUAUGUUUUCACAUGAAGUUUUGGGCUCUAAAUGCUCUUCAUGUUACAUUAAAUACCUUAGCAUUGACAGUAUAUUCAAAGAUUGAGCUUUAAAAUGAAACCUCUCGUCUUUUUUUAAGAGUCUUUUGGUCUGUGUUCAGGGAAAAUCAAAUAAUUGAUUCCUCCCAUGCAUCAACUCCAUUCAGCUCCUCCCUGUCACCUCCUGUGCAAGCAUCCCACCAAACACCCGACAUCAUUUAGACAUCUGUUUUCAGGCUAAGUCAUGGCCGUAAUCUAGCCCAAAAAAGACGUUGAAAACUGGGUUUUAUUGAGACGGUCCAAAUCUAGACGUUGUUUAGACGUAUGGUGAGGACCUCUUUUCAAAGUCUUUUCAACCAAUUUUUCCUGGGUGGGUAAGUUUAGAAGAAGAUUCCACUUACUGACUAAAUGAUCGCGUCCCAUCACAGAAACUGUGCAUGCAGAAAAGCACAUAUGUACUGUAAAAAAAAAACUGGUCUUGCCUGAAGAGAAAUGCGACUAAAAGCAAGAGGAAGAGUUGCAAAGGAGUUUAAAACGUAAUAGGUGACAUAAACUAACCAUCUAACACUGACAAGCGAUCAGCAGGCUUACUGUAGCAGAUACGACUGCAGGCUGAAAAAUCUACCUGCAUGUUAUAUUUGAAUUACUUCAUCACCCAAUAUCACCAAGCAACCAACAAUGGAUAGAUGCAGAGUAAAACUCGCUGGCUUGCAUUGACUGAAAUUGUAGGUCACUACUUGAAUCAGCUGAUAGGCUGCUGAUUGAGUUAUUGUAUUUGAACCAAUCACAGUCCAUUCUCACAACGAGGUGAUCCAUUCAAACACAUCCUCCAAAUGCUGAUCACACCCUGCUGCUGCUAGCAACGUUCUGCCUCCCCACCCUUGCCUCGGCUUGUUUGUACACCUUUAGGGGGUUUGCUGUAACUUUUCCCGCAUCAUGCUACUUGGCCAGCAUUGGUAGCAUUUUUAAAGGCAGACCUAUUGGUGCGAAGAAUAACUGUAUUAAAAUCUAUGGCAAAGCUUGAAUUGGUUGUUAACGUUAACCCUGGCAGCAUGGAAAGAUGUAUCAGUUAGGUAGUUAUGAUAAUAUAGUCACCUUUGUUCUACUGUUUGUCAGGUCAGUGCAGCCUAACCAGCCUAGCCUGCAGCAGGAGGCCCUUUGUGAUCCUCUGAAUAGUCGUCCCUUUCAUUUGAAGAAGAAUACUCAAAACAAAACCUUGAGCACGCAGGUGCCAUUAGCUUGCUUCUCUGCCAGCUCGGAGAGAAUGGAUUUGAAAGGCCUGACAGAGAUUCAUUAUGUGAAGUAUUUAACCUCCCUCUUACAGUCACUCAAACGCAACAUUGUAAAUGCACACAACAGCCAUCUUGAUCUGCAUCAGGCCAUUAUUAGUGACCUGCUGUACCCACUUAUAACACCACUUGACUCCCGGCCACCACUUUAUGCCAAUAGUUUGCAACAAAGUAGAAGGUACCCAGCUGGCUGCAAUACAAAUAUCACCCUGGUAACCCAUUUGUAUUGAACUGAUUGCGACCUGAACACCCACAUCUAAUUAUCAGCGCUGAUGCAAGCCUUUGUAGGUUUGAGAAACUACGUGGGCUGGAUUUCACCUCUUGCUGGAUGGAACAGCGAAGGAAGAUCACUAAGACAGAAAGACCGAGCCCCCACCCCUUACCCCUCUCUCUGUACAUGCGAUUGAUGACAAAGCCUCUUCUGUCUCUCAGACAUGAUGAGGGAGAGUGAUUAACAGAGCUCCCUACAAAAGCAGUUGUCUGCUUAUUUCUUCAAAUACAAAAGUGACAAAAUGACAGGUAUGAUUCAGCGGCUGUAGCUUGUAUCCUUUUUUUAGUGCUACAAAAGGAGCUUCCCUCUGCUCUGGCAUCCGUGAUUGAGCCUCUCAAUCAAUUUUUUUUUCAUCCGGGGAUCUAACAGACUGUCAAUCAGUGCCCUUUUUGUGAAAUGGCAUGCAAAGGUGUUCCCCCUCUGUGGAGCCAUCAAAGUGUAUUUUUGAAGAUGAAACAGCCAUCAGAUAGAUUCGUGGUUUUAUAGUUCUUACUCUCAUCCACAUGGCUUUCUUUUAUUUAAAAGAGUGUGAUGUAAGAACAUGAUGUGUGUGUCUAAAAGUCAGUUUAUGUGGUGAUGUGGUGGAUUCUGGUGAACUCUGGGUGGGUUGUAGAGCUGCCGCUUCACACGCUGCUUCAGGGUGGUGAAUUUUCCAUUACAUUUGUAAAUCCUAAGAUAGGCUGUAGAUUGACGGUUUUGCACGAGCAUAAAGAGAAGCAAUGUUUCAUUUCUAGCUAACACAGAACUACUAAGAUCUGCUGAAACAAGAUGUGUAAUAGUUAAUCUGCCUCUAUCAGUUUACGCAAGUAAAGUUAGAGGGAUAUUCCAGCGUAAAAUUAAGUGUCAAACACACUUUAACACAGAGUUAGACACACCCUCGAGAGAUUAAUGUUGCCAACUGCUUGCUUCUACCAACUUUAGAAACGACCACAUAGAUAGCAAUACACAUUGGUCUAUGUCUCCACACGCAAACCUCAACCAAAAAGCCCUGACGAGUCGAUCACCGAGUGCAGUGUAGUUUUGCAGCUCAAAGAAGAACAUUUAUGAUUAUUACUUCAUGAAAAUGCAAUCAGACCGAGAUGCUGAGGCAGAAGAAUUACCACGUCUGCAGAGCAAAAUGAUUAUUAUGAUGAUUAUUACUUCAAGAAAAUGAUCUGCUGCCCUUGGUGAUCGACUCAUCAGGCGCGUUGAGACGUAGACCGCUGUGUAUUGCUAUUGUGCGGUCGUUACUAAAGUUGGUAUAGCUAAAGAAGCAAGCAGUCAGCAACAUUCAUCUCUUGCGGGGGUGUCUAACUCAGUGUUACAGUGUGUUUGACCUCAACUAAAAUUUACGCUGGAAUAUACCCUUGAGAGGUUUUUGCAGAUCAAAGUUUACCCUUGGAGCAUUCAGAAGCUGCUUAUUUUUAUUUCCCAAAAACCCUGUACGAAUAUCUUGGGUUAGAGUGAAGCUACAUUUACUGGUCAUUCAUAAAUAAUCUUAGGAAGUUUAAUCGUAGUUAUCCAAUCACAAUUGAUAACACUGAACAAAAAGUAGUCUGCUGACAAGAGCAAUCUAGGGUCACCGCUCACAUUGUGUUGGUUAAAACUCCAGCAGCAGAUCGCCCUCACUACUUGCAUAUCUACUUAACCUGUAGACACUGAGGGGUGAUGAGAUGAUAUUUAAGGGCAUCUUUAGUUACAGCCGGCACUUCAAUGCUGUGGAGGAGGUGGGGCGGAUAGAUUCAGGGAAGCACAGGUGCAGGGCAGUUGUCACAUGGUGAAGCAGAGGCAGAAAUCAUCUUCAUUUUUAAUGGAUUGGAAGCCAAUAUGAUUGUUAGAGUGAUGCGUGGUUAAUGUGAAAUCAGUGUAGCUUGAGUUACCUGCCAGAACUAGCUCACAGCAGUCACUCUAUUUCUGAUCCUCACAACUGUACCUCUUUAUUUUAGCCUUUGAAAAUGCUGCAUUUCCUUUAGUAAACGUAUAACACAGAGGUUAAAAAAAACAUACCAUGGAAAAUCUGUGAUGUCUAUAAGUAAUUGCAAAUGUAUGCUUAAAAUUCAUCAACCACACCUCGAAUGUGGAGGACCUUUAGUUAAAACAGUGCAUCGGCGAUAAGAGAGCAGUGUGCUCGUGUGCAGUGAAGUAAGCAAAUAUGAUUUGUUCAGUGAGAGAUAGCUUCCUGAUUGUUCUGGAUGCUUCUCACCUCAAAGCUUAAUCAGGUUUAACUCUCAGCUCUUUCGCUUCAUUACUCUCCUCUCAGCUCGAGUGGAAAACAUUCCCUGCCGCUUCCCAGGGACGCCGAGAGCAUCUACACUCCUAUUGAUUAGUCUGAAGCGUUCCUUUUCACUCUCUAUGUAAAUGUGCUUCAGCGUGUUCUAUAUAAACAGCACAGACAUGAGGAUUUUAUCGAAACUCAAUGUCUACUCUCCCAUUAUACAGAUACGGGGUUUACUUUGUCUAAAGACUGAUGAGCUGAAAUUAUUCCAUGUAAAGAGUACAUCACCUCAAGCGCCUCAGCAGUCACCUUACAUUAAUACAAGAAGACAUUUCAGGGUCAGACUGCAGCCAGUGCUCAGAUGUUAAGUUCGUAUUGAAGCCUGUAACCGUAGAAACCAAUCCAGAGCUGAAUGGAAGUUAAUUUAUAGUAACUGAAAUGAGAUCAGCUCUUAUUCUGAGAAAGACUCUUUUUCUUCCCUUUAUUGCAUACAUACAAAUGAAAUGGAGGGUUCAAGUGUCAGAUAAUAAUUUGUUUCAGAGUUGAAAAAAGAAAGGCGUGACUGUAAGACUGUGAAAUCUUCAUUUUUCUCAAUUUAGCAAUAAUCCCAAAGACAAAGCAAAAAUAGUGUUACAAGAUAUCCCAACACCAACAUUGUAUUUUCAUGGCCUGAUUUGUCCCUAUUCAAACAUUUGUCAUGGUUUAAAUUCCUGUUAGUCAUACCAGGUUAGCCAUUAGUGAACAAUAGCUCUGGCUGCUGUAGAAAGCGCGGCCAUUAUCCAGAUGUAGAAAUGAAAACCCACGCAAAUCUAACCCUGCUUUCUCUCUCUAUCCUUUUGUUAGUCUCUAGUCUGCCACCGAGCACCACCAUUUCUCACACUGCUGCGUCCCAGAGCCUAGUGAUGUCACCAGGAGGCGUGGCCAGUGAUAGCAGCGUCACGCUCACUCUGGCUGACGCUCAGGGCAUGCUGGACGGUGUCACUUUAAACCUCAACACACAGGUAUGACACACAUCUUUAGCCUCUAAUCUUAGCUGUUACACUCAUGUUUCCUGACUCUGUAGAGUGACAUGGACUCAGUUUUGAGGUUGUUCAAAUCUUCAGGGUCAGACCUUUCCUGCGGUACUGAAUGACUCUGGUUUACAAGGACAGCCAGCCAGCUCAGGCCAGCAUGUUAUACUGGUCAGCCACCACUCCCAGUCCACAAAUGGAGCAUCUGACAACGGAUAUGAUGUGGUAAGUUCCUCUGAUAGUGUGACAUUUCAGAUACGAAGGGGCCAAGUUGCUUUGAAAUCAAACUUUUUAAAGUUUGCGGUCCCUUGUCAGCCUUAUGUUUUUGAUCCUGUGAUUCAGAUGACAGUAGAUGACCCUAAAAGCAGGAAAGACGGCCAGACUGAAGCUGAUAAUCGUCACCAGUGUUACUACUGCAGCGAGGCAUUCGAUAAUGUCAACACUCUGCGACGCCACUGUAGGCAAGCCCACGGCAAGGACCGCUGUCACGUCUGCAGCCUCUGUAACAAGGCCUUUAAGAGAGCUACACAUCUCAAGGUAACACCUCCGUAAAAACUGUGAGAUUCUUGUAAUAAAUCGACUGUAAUGUUUUUGGUUUUUUUCGUGAAAUGUAAAUCAACUUUCACACAUUUAAUUUUCCGAAUAUCCUUAACGUCAGCCUGGAAAAGAUAGACUCGAGGAGCCAGUGAGAGACAGGAUACCAUUGACAAAAUGUGUCACACUAUUUGAAGCAGAAAUGGAGUGUAAUUAAUCAAGUGACAUUUGAGAUCGGCUCUUCCAGUGUGUCACUCUCUCUAAGAAAAAGCACUUAGACUGAGAGGAAAUUUGCAGCUGAUGCAGUGAGAGGAGCACACGGGUUUUCCUGAGGAUCCGCAUCAUGUGGGUGAGACACUCGAGCACGUAAACGCCGAGGCUGUCGAAGAUGAUAAGAAGCCUAAGGCUUUUUACACAAGCGCUUUCCCAACUGAAUGUCAUACUUUCAUCAAAGGACAAAGACUGUGCCUUUGCUUUGCCUUAUACAGUUUCAACCAUGAGACGUUAGAAUGAGAGUGACCGUGCUUCAUCCUGUCGCAGUCCCCUGGGUGCUCAUAGAGUAGCGACAAAGAACAAAGAUCUUGAGAUUGUUCAAAAGACCCAGUGGAUAAAUUUGGAGGGCUGCUGUUUUUCACUCGGAGGAUAAUUUAUUAUCCGUUAGCAAAUGCAACAAGAAAGGUUUGACCAGUGCUACUCCAGUGAUUUCACACACUACAUCUUGUCUUCAUAAGAUGUUUUUUAAACACCCAAAGAAGGUUGUUGAAUUAUGCAACGCUACAAAUAACCGUGAAGUGAUCAAGAUUAUGUCACAAAAGUUUUGCUGUACCUUGAGAAUAAACUUUUAUUAUCAGGAGCAUGGUCUGUGAAGCAGAGAGCACUCAGCAGUGAGAACCGCUUUUCUCUUUCUGUCCGAGUCUGAAUGUGUCUGUUUUUCUCUAACAAACCACAGGCACUUUUAAUAAAUACUACCCUCGUUAUGACCCCAAACAGCCUCUAAACUUAAAUCUCCUUUUGGGCUUGAUGCAAUUAAAGCUGAAACACUUUCAAGGUCAACAGACUUAUUAUGCUAGUGUUUUUAAUGACUGUCCUGUGGGUAGUGUUUUAUCAUCUGUAAUUUUAGUAUCAGUCUCUGAUCUUUCAGUGCUUUGAGAAAUUACACAAAUCUGACUCAACACAUCAACUCAAGGAUCCUAACAACGUCUCCAGAAUUUUCUGUUUACUUUCUCUUUUCAGGGUUUUAGUCAAGGCUAGUUGAACACAAUAUUUUAGGAUCUUAUCAGAUUUCAAGAUAAAACAGCCUGAAGUAAUAUUACCACAGUGCGAGAGAACUGUUGUUUUACUGUCUGGCAUCAGCUUAUCACAGAUCUACGGAAGAGGAUAAGGGCCAUUGGAAAAAAAAAACAAAAAACAGGUCCAAUAUGUAUUUUUUAAAUUAUUAUUCUGAAUACUAAAGUCAGAAUUCGUAGUUAAAGUCAGAAUUCUGAAAAAAAAAGUCAGAGUUCUGACUUUAACUUCUGACUUUAAAGUUAGAAUUCUGACUUUAAACUAAGAAUUCUGAUUUUAAAGUCAGAUAACUUAAAAGUCACAAUUCUGAGAUUAAAUUAUGAAUUCUAAGAAAAAAGUCAGAAUUAUGACUUUAAAUUCAGAUAACUUUAAAGUCAAAAUUCUAUGAUCAUUUCUUCAUGGAAAUGCAAUCAGACCGAGACGCUAAGGCAGAAGAACUACCGUGUCUGCAGUGGAAAAUGAUAAUUAUGAUGAUUAUUACUUUAAGGAAAUGAUAAAGUAAUGAUGAUAAAUGUUCUUUCUCGAGCUGCGUCACUCUGCUGCAAUCAGUUUGGACUCGCCAAGGUCGUGAUUCAAACAAGCGGCUGCUGGAAGAGAGUGGAUGAGUUUUGUCAGAUGUUGAAUAAUCAUUGAAUAUCUGUACAGUUACUUUCAAGAUUCACUGAAAUGUGAAAUCAGAAAGAAAGUGAUCUUAGAGUUGGCAGCACAGAGCUUCCCACAGGACGAUUGUUAAGGUGAUCAGAUCCUCUGGUGUCAGUCUGAUACUUAUAAUUUUGUCUGAUUCUUUGUCAGAGAAUGAUAGAUGUUUAUGUCCUGGUAAGAGUGAUUUGUCUACCAGCCUUUAAACUAAAGAAACUUUAAACAGAAAACCAUGUGUUUGAUCUGUCUACAGGAACAUGAGCGUGUGCACAGGCCAGGCCCAUCACCCAGCUCUCAGAAACCCAGAGUCUUCAACUGCUCCUCCUGUGUGAAAGCCUUCGCUAAGCGCAGCCAGCUGGAGAGACAUAACCGGACACACACAGGUAAGAGGUUUACCCAGAAGAGGUCCAACAGUGUCAAACAUUACAAAAACUAAUAGUGUUAAUACAGUAUAUGAAUAAGAAUCUGCCAUCUUUGAUUAUAUUACCAAAAUCUUAUAGUUUGAAGCCCCACCUCUCACACAUGUACAAGAAAAAAAAACUAAGAGAUUAGAGGUCAAGUUAAGAGGUCAAGCUGGACAAAAGAAAUGUCAGAGGGCUAAAUGUGAGAAGGAAGAUAGACUGAAUGUCUUCAAAUUGGGCUCAAACAUCUGAUGCACAAAAGGAUGGUCUGAGUUAAACUUGUUGGUGUCAGAAUCUGAUGACAAACACAGAUUGAUGAAGACUUUCUUAGCUGUGAUGUGUCUUUUCCUGUUUAGUGUUAGCUCAUAUAUGCUAUAGUUUUUUGUUUGUUUGUUUUUUCUGGGGUAAUGUAAUUUAUCAGUUAUUUUAAACACAGAUGCCCCCCUGUCCCCCGAACUAUCCCCAGCUUUACUCCCACUGUGUGGGAAACACUGUUGGAUGUCAGCCCCUGGAGGGAAAAGUUUAAAGUUUGGCAUAAACAUCAACUUAGACUCAAAGAUGAACUGAUUCAAUUUUCAAAGUCAAAAGAUCAAGGCCACUGUGAAAAAUCUGUGGGGAAAAUAUGGGAUAAAAAUUGCAGUCCCUCUAGAUACUUUAAUUCUGACAUAAUAAUGACAUUUAUAAAUAAUCAGUCCUGAACAACAUGCCAUGAAAAGAUGAAAAACUUCUAUCAUGGAGAUUGUUUAAUCAAGCCGCUAUUGUCUUUUCUUGUCAGACCCCAUUUUUCCUCCACCCAGUUAUGCUUGAUAACCACAGAUGGAACUUGAAUGCUUCAUUUUGCUGUUAAAUCCAAAACACACAGAAAUGAUCAUCAGCCGUCAGUGUACCUAAAGAAACACAUUUACAUUUGAAUGGACUCAUUUGAAUGCGGUGUGAGGGAUUCAGCUCAGACUGCUCCGUUCUGGUUUAUCUCAUCUCUCGACAUUAGUUUUUCUGUGUAUCAUAUCAAAGCAACAGCGAACAAGUUUUGUCAGGGUACAAUUUCUACUCUCUUAAUUUAUUCCCUGUCGCUUGGUGUUCAGUGUGAAUGACUUGACGAGGAAAAGUACUGUUGUAAAGAUUACUCAAACACAAGUCUUUUCUUUCCCCUGAGUUAAAAAAUGUCAUCAUGUAUGUUAGGGAUGGGAGAAAAAAUCGGUACAGCAUAGUAUCGCGAUAUUUUGUCUGGUGAUAUAUCGUAUCGUCUCAUUUACCAAGUAUCUUAGUGCAAAAGUUAGUGCAACAAAUAUAUAAAAGGUCUGUAAAAUGUGCUACAUGUAAUUAAAAUACAGCAUAAAUAAGACAAACAUGAAGGAAAGACAAAUGCUAAAUUAGCUAAACGGUUGAAAAAAUCGUAUAAGACGCAAUAUAUUGUACUGGAAUACUCAUUGUAUAGCAAAAUAUUUAAAAUCGCAAUAAUAUCAUAUUGUGGAUCAAGUAUCGUGAUAUAAUCGUAUUGUGGGGCCACUGGUGAUUCCCACCCCUAAUGUAUGUGCAAUAAGUUGUUUCAAGGGAAGAAAGGACUUAGCAAAGGGUCCAAAGGUGAUAUGAGGGUGUCGAUGUCUGCUGUUGUCUGCAAGUGCAUCAUAGAAACCACACACUACAUAUCCUUGGUUGGUCCUUCUGCACUCAUGCAGUUAGUGACAUUAUCAACAGGGUUUUGGACAUUUUUAUCAGAGCAAAGAUCCACCUCCUCAACCAUGAAACAUGACUACUGCGCUGUAACCAAUGAAAUGACGACUUUUACUCACAGUGGGAACCACACAUUGAGUGUGCAGGGCUAUCAUCACCUUACUGACAAAAUUGAAUACAGGUUUAAUCCUGUCAUGGAUGCUUCUCUGCCUCUAUAAAGACUUUUUGCAGGGUAAAUACAGCAGCAUAUUAUUGACAAGUCAAAGUCAAACAGAAUAGCAGGUUUCAGCUCCAAAUAUUUGAGUUUGUGCUUGAAAUGGAACUUCAGUUCAGACAAACAGAAACUUUAUCUUGUAUCUGAAGUUGUAAAAACAUGAAAGAAAAUAAUCAGCUUGUUACUCAACUCUGAAAGCGAUGGUGGAAGCCCUAGGUUGCAGAGAAGUUGAUAGAACUUGUCACACCUGCUGCUUUUCUGCCACUGUGAGGAGUUUUAAGCCUAUUAUGAGACCGAUUGACACUCGCAGAGAGGCCUUUUUAUGACCUUAAAAAGCAAAUAAGGACAUCUGCGAAGACACAGUCCAUCUCUCUGUGGUAAUCUUUGAUGCCCAACGUGACUGUGAGGAGGCAGGUGUCAAACCAGAUUACUCACAGCAUAUUUCUUUUUCUUUUUACUUCUUCUAAAGCAAAUUUUCAGUGAGUAAUACUGUAUAUUUGACUGUGAAAGACAACAGUGUGAAAUACCUUUGUAAAAGCUACACCAUCUACACAGGGGGGGGAUGAAAUGAUCAUGAAUACAGAGGCUUGAAGUUCUUGGGGAGGAUACAAUAUUUCAUUGUUGACCAGGGAUGACUCUGUUAUUACCUGCAGCCUAAUCAGAUUUGGGUUUUUCUGAUAAUCCAGAUUCACCAAAGUCAUCUAGUCUUUAGUAAGCAGUUCUAAACUGGCAAAAAGAAGGUUUAUUAUGAUCCUUUGGCAGCCAGGAUGAGUGUUUUUCUUAAGUAAUCCUGCCAAAUAAGCCUGUAAUGUUUAACACUGUGUACCAAACAUUAGCUUUCUAAUGCCAGAGCACAUUUUUGCACAAAUUAACACUAAUUGCAGCAUGUACAGCCAAGUAUGUGUGUGAACAUGUGGGAGUGUGUGGGAGGCCACAGGAGCACUUGACUAAGUGGAGUCAAUAGCAGCAGACUCGUGUUUAUCUGUAACAGUAUUGUUUGGGGCUCAUGGCGUGCAGCUUUGGCAGCAUGAUAUAUAUUUUUUAAUUUGUUUAUACCUGUCACAGAGCUGGCAAUACAGUGCAGUGGUUUAGCUCAGCUGUUAUCAGUUAUGUAGAAUUUAACUGAAUAAAAAAUACACAAGUUUAUGUAAGUUAGUCAGUCAGCGCUGAUAAGAUAAUACAAAACCCAAUUCCAUUGAAGUUGGGAAAUUGUGAUAAAUGUAAAUAAAAACAGAAUACAAUGAUUUGCAAAUCCUUUUCAACCUAUAUUUAUUUGAAUACACUACAAAGACAAGAUAUUUAAUCUUCAAACUCAUAAACUUUAGUUUUUUUGCAAAUAAUAAUUAACUCAGAAUUUGAUGGCAGCAACACGUGACAAAGAAGUUGGGAAAGGUGGCAAAAAAUACUUAGAAAUUUGAGGAAUGCUCAUCAAACACUUAUUUGGAACAUGAGCAGGCUAAUUGGGAACAGGUGGGUGCCAUGAUUGGGUAUAAAAGCAGCUCCCCCAAAAAUUCUCAGUCAUUCACAAGCAAGGAUGGGGCGAGGUUCACCACUUUGUGAACAACUGCGUGAGCAAAUAGUCGAACAGUUUAAGAACAACGUUUCUCAAAGUACAAUUGCAAUUAAUUUAGGGAUUUCAACAUCUACGGUCCAUAAUAUCAUCAAAAGGUUCAGAGAAUCUGGAGAAAUCACUGCAAGUAAGCGACACGGCCAGCAACCAACAUUGAAUGCCCGUGACCUUCGAUCCCUCAGGCAACAUAUGACAACGGAGACCCUGGACUGUUGAACAACUGAAGCUGUGCAUCAAGCAAGAAUGGGAAAGAAUUCCACCUUCAAAGCUCCAACAAUUAGUCUCCUCAGUUCCCAAACGUUUAUUGAGUGUUGUUAAAAGGAAAGAUGAUGUAACACAGAGGUAAACAUGCCCCUGUCCCAACUACUUUGGCAUGUGUUGCAGCCAUGAAAUUCUGAGUUAACUAUUAUUUGCAACAACAACAAAAAAGUUUGAGUUUGAACAUUAAAUAUCUUGUCUUUGUAGUGUAUUCAAUUGAAUAUAGGUUGAAAAGGAUUUGCAAAUCAUUGUAUUCUGUUUUUAUUUACGUUUAUCACAAUUUCCCAACUUCAAUGGAAUUGGGUUUUGUACAAGAAGACAGCAGGUUUAUGAUUUGUCUGUGUUUUUUCUUCGGUGCAGGUGAGCGUCCCUUUAAGUGCAGCCAGUGUGAUAAAGCCUUCAACCAGAAGAGCGCCCUACAGGUCCACAUGGUCAAACACACUGGAAAGAAGCCCUUCAAGUGUGAAGUUUGCAGCAUCAGGUUCACCCAGAAGAGCAACAUGAGGCACCACAUGAAGAGAUCGCACGGCUUUGGUGAGCAACCGACUGGUAUCAUCACACCAGUACACAUGCUAACACAGACACUUGGGUGUAUCACCAGCUGUUUGUGCAGCCGUUCAUAGAGACAAUAAAAGGGUGUAAAAAGACUUGACAAAGAUUCAAAUAACUCCCAUUACUCAGAGCUAGAGGCACAGAUUUAUUUCUGAUUUGAAAAAACACAUACUCUGGAUGCCAGGUCUUUACUUUGUUAAGGUUUCAGUAUUUUGAAUAACUCUGUUAGAGACUGCAAUCUCACACUGUUAUUUUAUUCAAACAGCCCACCUUGGGGCUCGGAAAUAAACUUUAUUUAGCCUUCAAUGAGUUUCUUACUUUCAGGAAAGUUCUGCAAACAGAGGACAUCUGCGUGUGAGGACUCAAUGCACACACUCUUUCUCUUGCAUCCUAAUGAACGUGUUUCUGAUGCCUAUAGCUAAAACAGAGGAUAAUCAAACGACUCCCACCGUAAAACUCAUUUCAUUUUGUGGCCCGCAGCUUAAGGAGCCAGUCCGAACCUCACAGCCUGAGACACGUAUUGUUGUUUGUGUGGGAGAGUUAUUUAAAGCUGAAUGUACAAUGACACAUGGCUCAUAUUCAGAGCUCACAAUGAGCAUGCUCCACAUCUGUCUUGUCUCAUUUUUCAGUUUAUGUAACAAAUAGAGGAGACAGAGAGAAUCUGACAUAUUGAAAUGAAUGUCGGAGGAGUCCAAAGGAGAAGAAAUGGCUUCAUUUGCAUGAUAGCCUCGAGAAAAUUGGAUACAGAGUCAGAGUUGAUGGUGCAGCUCGGUAAAUGUGUGUUAAUAGACUUCUGUUUUACUAACCAAGUUACUGUCUUUUUUCAGACAGAGUUUCACUGCAGGGAGCUCCUGUUAAUAGUUUCUCAUUCGUCUCUUUCUUUCUCCUUCUAGGUCAGAUCCAAGAGGUUACUCUGGGCGAGGAAGAAACGCCGCCUCAGGUUGAAGUAGCACCCGAACUUGACUUGGAAGUGGUUCCUGAAUCAUCCGGACACUGGCACAACGUCUUCCCCUGAGUGCCAACCUCACCAGUUUUACCACUUAAUCCUUUGCCAAACGUUUUCAUCCCCUCAGAGGGUAAUUCGAUUCAAAAAGACUGAAGAUAUUGUGGAUUUCCUUGGCUGUGAACUUAGGGCUUUACCUCAGCAGCAGUCCUCUGUUGUUAAUCCUAAUGAGCAGUAGGGUUAGGAGGAUCUGGCUCCCCAUGAUGGGUUUAAUGGCAUUAAUCUGUUUUGCUACUGUCAGCCUGCGGUGAAUAGGAUGACCUCCUAGGAGGUUUGGCGUCAUAAACACAGGCAUCCCACUGAUUUCUCUAUUCUGGAUAUGCUGGACUCCUCCAUGCUGACCCCAUUCAUAGAGAAGAAACUGUACUCUGAGUUAGGAGUCCUAUUUUUAUCAGUGCUCUGCUUACAGCAAGGAACACAGAAAUGCAAAAGACUGCACUGCUGUCAUAUUUUAGUAACAGCUGUGCAACACCGUUUUCUUUCCACCGCCCAACAAAACAUGUGGCACUUUUUUCUACAUAUUUAUACUGUACAUUUUUCGUUUGAAGUGAAUUUCAUUUUGAACAUGAUUCAUGUUUUUUCGCGUUAAAAACAGAGCCAGAUAUUUUGUACCGAACUCUAGGUGCAAAUUAGGUGCAGUACAAAGUUUGUGAACAUGUGGGCAUGUGUUUUCUGUUGUUGUCAUAUCAUUAAGACCCAGCACAUCCGUGUUUCUUUGCUGCGGUCAGCUCUGUAAAUAUGUGUAGUUAGAUUGGAUCUAUUUUCUGAUGAAGCGCCAUGACAUGGACUGGUUAGAACUAUGUAACUUGAACAUAAUAUUACAUUUGUAAUAUGGCAAAGCCACUGUACAGAAGUGAAGCUGUUUUUUUUUUUUCACUUUUUUUGCAGCUGUUUUUUAUUGUCCAUAAUAAAUUAAGAGGAUUAAAGUAAUUUUUCUACAAAUUCUAA